GGGAGAGAACGCUGACUGACAGCCCGCGCAGCCAAUCACAACUUCCCACAGCAUCGCAGCAGCCAAUCAGAAGGCCGGGCGACUAGUAGUCCUAGUCGCUGCUGGCUGUCUCCCUGGCCCAUCGCUGUUUCGGGUAAUGAAAGGUCGGGGUGUCCAUGUCUGCAUGCUAGCUGCAUGUCACACCGGAAGCUUGUGCCCUGACUCCAGCAGGUAAAGUCGGCAAUGGCUGCUGGUGGUUUCUGUUUCCAGAGGCUGACAUUGUGAUUGCCCUCACUGUGACAGGCAGGGAUGAUACUCACAUGAUGUGGGUGUUUGGGGAUAAUGGUCCUGACAUGGGCCUCCCUCAAUCACUGACUAAUUACCCCCCACACCCUCUACUCCCUCCUGGACACAGUGUCUGAAUAAUCAGCCUUGGUCGCAGGCAAUAGGCAAAAGUAGCAGGGACUGGCCCCAAGAGCUUGCAAUCAAAGUCAAGUUUGCAUUGCUGUGUAUAAUCUUUACCUAAAACACUUGCAGUAGUCACAAGGCUAUGUAGUCCCAUUGAGGAGAUAUCAUCAGACUGUAUAUUACUUGCUAAACUAGAGGCCUGGUAAUCCCACUAACUAUUUUUAUUUUAGUUUUUGUUUUUUUUUGGUCUGUGUUUGUUAACACUGGCCUGUGUGAUGAUUCUGUUUAAUGGCAUGGCCCAGAGAAAAGCGGUCAUAUUUCUUUUAACCUAUUUUUCUUGGAAUGCAAGACUUUAACUAAUUGCAUUUUGUAUUUUUUGGAGAGUGUCCAUUGAUGGCCUUGGGAUAUUAAAAAAGAUGAGCUACUUUUCUUUGGUGCUUUAAAAUAAGCUAGUUUGGGACAGAAGCACAUGUUUGUAAUGUAAUGCGCUUUAAAUGGACUAAUACAUAUGUUGGCUCAAUAAGAGCAGUUGUAUUGAUACAGAAAACCCUAUAUAGCACAUGCAAUGACUAGACUCAAAACAGGAUUUAACUUCAAACUGGUCUUGGGUAUAUUUAUUAUCUAUCAUUUAUUAGAAACUUGUGUACAAAAUAUUGAUGUUGUUUUAAGCACAGUGCUUCUUUUCAAUGGGUAUUUUCACUUCUGCCAGUAGGCUGAUGCAUGGCAGUCGCUGUAUUAAAAAUGUCAAAGAAUUUGACCACAAGGGAUGCAUUUACCUGUUAGAUGUUUCCAGGUAUGGUGGAGAUUAAAUUACCCAUUCGCCAAUUGUCCUUUUGGGAAUGUGGCCUAGAAUGAGCACUUUCUAGUUCCUGAGGGUCUAGGACCAGAGAGCACCAGUGGUCUGAAUGAAAGUGGGCCUCUGAUAUCAGGGUUUAUUAUGAGGGGUUACUAACCAACCAAUUGUAGUGAAUUAAAAGACAGUGCAGUAGUGAGGCAAACACUCUGUGGCUAUAGCUGAUUUGCACUUUUUGCUCAAAUUAUGAAGUUUUGGUUUUCAAUACGCUAUAAUUUGGUGAAUUAAUCCCUAUGUAAUUACACACGACAUAAGUGUAAAGUUGUAUCUUGGCUUUCUGUAUUCACUUGUUGGAUAUAACUUGCAAACUCAUCCAAAUUUACUGUUUAAUGUGCUUUGGGGGUCUGGAGUGUCUAUUUAGCUUGUUGAAGUGCUUUAUGUGUGAAGAGGGUAUCCUCCUCCUUGUGUUUGUGUGUUUUUUUUUUUUUGGUUUUUUUUUUUGGUUUUUUUAAAGCACACAUUUCAGUAGAAAUUGGCAAUUUUAUAAAUUAACCUGGUUACACCCCCUUGGCUUUCAAAUAGACAGCAGGUCCUGUUACUUUCUGGUUUGGUUAGCUAACUGGAGAGUUAGCAAUUUCCCUUGCCUUGCAAAGACUUCUCAUUGAAUUGCAUUGGGAAGUCUGUGAUUGGACAGCCACACACAUGAGAAUUGCAACUUUUGAAAGCUGGUUUUGGGAAUACCCUCAAUGGGGAAAAUGCAUAAUUAAAUUCUUGCAUGUUUUCAGUAAGACUUGUCUGUGUAGGACAAUAGUUUUUGCGCCAACCUGCUUUUAUAUAUUUUUUUAUUUAUUUUGCUAGUGGUAAAUGCACUGGGCAGCCUCCACUAACAGAACAUGUGACUUUACUCUUGCAACCAAAUAUUGUAGAUACGUGACCGAAAAAUUGCAUAUUUGAAUUCUGUUUAGUGAAAUUAGCCCAUUCGUAUACAUAAAAUUCCUAAAGUGCAGCAUCUUUAUAUGCAGAUUUACACUCUAAUUAAAACGAUGUUAUCAAUCGCAGCUCUCAUGUGUUGAGAUACCUAGGGUUAGCUGUGAUUGAUUAUUGCUUUAAAUUGUAGUGUAAGGGAUAUAUACAGCAUUCUGAUGUUUUGGGACAGAUGUUGGUGUGUGUGUGUCUUUUUCAGGUUCUCCUUUGCCAGUUUCUCAGUACUUCCUGCAGUCUAGCUCAUGUUUUCUUCCUCUUUAUAACUCCAUGAAUACCCGACCAUCAAUAAUCAUUGUGCAAGAAGUUCAAGCUGUCUUUUGUGUCUAGUUAACGGAAACGUACUUUUGAGAACUUAACAGUAGGAAGGCAUCAUAGUAUUUGGUUUGGGGGGCUGUCAGUAUAUUAUCUUUUUAUUUUAUUCCUGCCAUUCACUCCAUGCAUACCUACAUCUCUUCCCUACUUCCCUUCUAAUAGGGAAGCAACACACCAAUUUCAAAGGCUGGGUAGAAAUCAAGGUACUCAUAGAUGCAAUUUAUCAUAUAUUCGUUAUAGGAAACUAGAAUUUGUGGUUCUUGAUUAUUCUAGUUUGUGUAGUAUGGAUUCUGAUGUCCCAAAUUAAUCCAGCAUAUUCUUUGUUCAUUGUUCGCUGAUUGACGGCUACUUAGUUUUUGUAGUUUAUUUCUCCUUAAUUUUUUUUUUUUUUUUUUACAUUUUCCAUCCUCCCACCUUCAUAUAAAAACCAUACACCAGUUUGCAACAGGUUUUAAAUUUUAGUGACUGCCCGUUGUAAUGGGUGUCCACUUCCUAAAAUCACAUUUAGAUAUACAAAAGUUAAUCUGUACUGCCCUUUUAAAUGCAGGCUGAUGCAAUUUCUUUUUGUGACAUCUUAUAUUACAAAAUAGGGUUUUCCUUGAUGUUGUAGAACUUCUUUCCCAGUCUUAUUAUUAGUGCAACAUAUGAUUGUUAGCUUUUUCAACAUUUUGGAAUCUGUGCUUUCACCACAUCUAGUAUAGAAAAGUGCAAUAUCUUGCUUCACCCUUCAAUUAUGACAUGCGCACGGUUAUUCACUUAAGUGUGAGUUGUCAGGAAUUCAAAGUGAAUUUCAAUGUUUAAAGCAGAAUAGCUGAUAGGGAAAAAUCCAUGGAGGGCAUCCACCUAGUGUAAGCAAUCAAACAGUUCAAGGAAAGGUUAGAAAACCUACCAGGGGUCUGCUAAGUGUUUCCUUUAGCUUCUCUGAGCUAAAAUGUCAGUGUUUUUAUGCAGAUGUCAAUUUCAUGGUCUUUGAAUAAUUUGCAAAGACCCCUGAAACUGAUAAACCCGGGGGCUGCAGCAUGCUCAGGUGGUGACUAUUGCUUACCUCCUCGCAGUAGUCUCUAUGUUAACGCUGCAGAGAUCUUUGCCACCUGGAGCUUCAGCUGCCAGGAGCCAUAUCCGUGCUGUACUCUCGCGCAUGACCGUGGGAUCCAUAGACAGCCUAAAUCCCACAUGGCUGCUGGGAUUGGAUAAACGUUGACAGAGGAGAUCCUCCUUUUGUCAACCUCAGGCUUUACAAAUUAGAUACAAAUUAGUCUCUACUUUGUUAUAACUUUGGAUUGUGUUGGAAUGUCAGUCUUAAUUAGUGUGUGUGUAUAAUAUAUAUAUAUAUAUAUAUAUAUAUAUAUAUAUAUAUAUAUAUAUUUUUUUUUUAUAAUAAUAAUGUGUGUAUGUAUAUAACCUCAGGCUUUACAAAUUAGUCUCUACUUUGUUAUAACUUUGGAUUGUGUUGGAAUGUCAGUCUUAAUUAGUGUGUGUGUGUUUGUGUGUAUGUAUAUGUUAUAUUAUUAUUAUUUUUCAAUCAAUAGACAUAGCAAGUGUACAUCCACUUUUGGGCUUACACAGAAGCCAACUUGAAUACAGUUCUUGAAAACAUACUGCAGCAUGUUAGUGUUAGGAAUACAUCUUUAUAUUUUAAAGUGGUCUUUUAACCCCUGAAUGACGGACCUGGUCAGUCACCCAGGGGAGACCCUUAACGACAGGUGACGGACCAGGUCCGUCAUGGGUUAAAAUUAACGCUCGAUUGCGGGGUUAAUGGUGCUCUGGGCUGCCUAUGUAUUAGAGGCAGACCGGGAGCACCAAAUCGCGCUGCCCCUGCAACAGACAUGUGCUGCAGGGAUUUACCGUCCACCUCCCUGUGCUUCCGGGUUCAGUGUGACGUGCUGGGAGACGGAUCAGUGAUGAUCUGCUUCCCUGUGUAAAAACAAAAUAAAGUUUAAUUAAAAUUCUCCCCCCCCCAUUUUAAAUUGUAAUUAUUUGCCAAUUGAUCACUGACUACAGUGAUCAAUUGGCAGGAUUAUAUUUAACUGUCAUCUGAAUUUUUUUUAACCCCUGAGGGUUAAUUUUUUUUUUUUUUUCACUCUCACCCUAAAUUUAUUUUAUUAACUUAAAUAUUUUAAAAUUUAUAUAUAUUUAGCUAGCUGGGGUGGGUGGAAGUUAGUGGGGAAUUUGGGGAUUUGGUAUAAGGCUAUCUAGGGGUUAACGUUAAAGUUUUUUUUGUUUUUAAGUGUUUUAAUAACGUUUAAGUAAAAAAACAAAACAAAAAACCCUUUUACCCCGUCCAAUAAAAAUUAACCCCUUCCUUGCCAGUCGAUCACUGCCUACAGUGAUCAAAAUACAGAUCACAGUAUUAUACUUAGAGAUGUCGCGAACCGUCCGAACUUCUCGCGAACUGUUCGUGGCGAACUCCGGUCAGCUGACACAUCCCACCCAAUCUCCGGCAGACCCUCCCUCCCAGACCCUACCACCUCCUGGACAGCAUCCAUGUUGAAGCUGCCUUCAACAUGGAUGCUGUCCAGGAAGUAGAAGGGUCUGGGAGGGAGGGUCUGCCGGAGAUUGGGUGGGAUGUGUCAGCUGACCGGAGUUCGCCGCGGACGGUUCGCGACAUCUCUAAUUAAUUAUACUGUGAUCUAAUUUUUUAUUUUUUUUUUUUAUUUUUUUUUACCCCUGAGGAGUAACUUUUUUUUUUUUAUUUUUUUUUAACCCUCAGGGUUCAAUUUAUUUAAUUAUUUUAAAUAUUUUAUAAUUAUAUAUUUUGCUAGCUGGGGUUGGUGGGGAAUUUACUGUUGGUGCUGCUUACUGCUAGUCAGGGGUUAACGGUAAAAAAAAAAAAAAAGCUUAUAAAAUUGUAAAAUCUGUAAAAAAAAAAAAAAAAACUAUUUUAAGAAAGUUUAGGAAAGUUUAAAAAAAAUUAAUAAGCAACAAAAAAGUUUAAAAAUGAAUUUUUUUUUUAGAAAGUAAAAAAAGUUUAAAAAAGUAAAAAGAUACAUUUAAAAACGCUCAUUAACACUACACCUGUAACAAACUAGAGAAAAAAUUAUCCCACACCAAGGUUCAAAAUACGCUUUUUGAAUUACCUCAUGGUGUAUUCUUUAAUAAAUAGUAUGUGUUUGUGGGAAAGUUUCACUAACCAACCAUCUAAACUACUCCAAAAUGAAACAUGGAUACAGCAUAAAACUUCAAAGUUAGAAAAAAACUGAAUGGCUGCGUCUUAAAUGUGCCGCUUCAACAUCCACAUAUACCUGGCAAAGGUACAUACUGGGGUAUUGCUGUACUCAGAUGACAUAGCUGAGCAACAUAUGUAGUAUUAUACAGUCGUAGCACACUUAAGGUUUAAAAAAUAUAUACUGUGCAAACUCACUUUGGGUGUCAAAAAGGCAGAAAAAAACGCUUUAUUACCACUACACUUGGUAUAAGCUAGCGGAAAAAAUGAUCCCACACAAAGGUUCAAAAUAUGGCUUUUGAAAUACCCUGGGAUGUCUUAUUUAAGAAAUGGUAUGGCUUUAUGGGGUAUUUGGAUUAUGUAUCCUGGUAAAAUACUCUAAAAUGGGGCAUGGGCACAGUGUUAAAAUUCAAAGUUUAAAAAAAAAAAAACCACUGGAGUGACUGUCUCAGAUGUGCCCCUUCCAUGUCUACAUAUACCUGGCAAAUGUACUUAUGAGGGUAUUGCUGUACUCAGACGACAUAGCUGAGCAACAUAUGUAGUAUCAUACAGUCGUAGGACGCAUAAGGUUUGCAAAAUAUACUGUGCAAACUCACUUUGGGUUUCAAAAAGGCAGAAUAUGCCAUUUGAAAUACCCUGGGAUGUCUUCUUUAAGAAAUGGUAUGCCUUUAUGGUGUAGUUGUAAUAUGUAGCCUGCUCAAGUGCUCCAAAGUGGGACACGGACGCAUCAAAAGCCUCCAUGAAAAUUCACACUUAACCUUAACUUGUCACAUCUCUUUUACAGCACUGUAACUUCACAAAAUAGUGUCUAGGUUAUACAUUGGGCAUAUUGUUUUACUCAGAAGGUGUUACUGAGUAUAAUUUGGGGAUUUUUAUGACAGUGGUACAUAUUAAGUGUAAGAAAUACUUAGCACAAAUGCAACAUAUAUGUAAAAAUGCCAUUCCCCCCCCUCACCACAAACAUUGACAUAAAUUGGUGGAAAAAAUAGUGACAGGCUAAGGCACAAUAUACACCAUAUAAGAUACCAUGGGGUGUCUGCUUUAUCAAAUGAAAGCCCUUUGUGGGGUUAUUUGAACAGUCAUACUGCUAGAAUACCCUAAAAUGAGACAUAGGCCCAUCAAAUCCAUCUACGAAAAUUCUAACUAUAGAAACUAAAAUAGCAUUGUCUUUUUUUAUAUGGCACUGUAGCUUUACAGAAAAGUGCCAAAGGCAUACAAUGGGGGUAUCGUUAUACUCCGCAGAUGUAGCUGAACACAAUAUGGGGCUCUGUGCAAGAAUAGCACGCACCAGCUUUUUACGAAAUACACAUAAAAAAAAAAACCUUGUUAUAUGUGUAUAUGCCAAAAUAAAGAGAGAACACAAUUUUACUCCAAUAUUUAGCAGAGAUUGGCGAUGAAAUGGCUACGUAAAAAGUGUCAAACUAACCUUUGGUAAAUAGCCUGUGAUGUCUACUUUAUAUAAAUAUAUACUUUUGUGUGGCAAUUUUGUUUUCUGUGAUGGCUACUAAACCUAGAAAUUCCAAAUUCUAAAAUUGUCGCAAAUUUAAAUUUUAUUUUAGUCCUUGUAUAUUGUGACCUGUAGCUUUCAAAAUAAGCUGAAAUCCUAGACAUAUGAUGUACUCUAUAAAUCAAGACACAUAAAUGAAUUUAUUUUGAAUUACUUUUUCUAAGCUGGACGUAUUAUGCACACGCUAUUAUUGCCAAAACUGUGGAAAUUUUUUUUUAUAUAAUUAAUAAGAAUGUAUCUAUGUAUAUGUGACAUUAAAUUAAAGCCCUGUUUGCCCUAUAAAAAACAAUGUAUAAUAUGUGUUGGUGCAAUAAAUGACAGAUGCAAAUUGUGUUUGAAUACAAACAGCAGAAAUGGCCUUUAUCCUUAAGCGUAAGACAAGCUUCUGAAGCUCUGUCCUUAAAGGGUUAACUGCAGAACAGACUCCUCACUAGUGAGUAUAUUUGUACCUUAAAGGAAUAUUCUCACCACCAAAAUAACUUAUUCAAUUUAUUUUCAGAAGUGGCCGUGUAGAGGUAAUGUCACUGCAAUCUGACAAUUUAAUUCUCAGCUAUUUAGGACUGUAGUCACAUUUAUGCAGUCCUAGCCUCACCUCCCCAUUUUCCUUUAUUGCAGCAGUGUGUUUAAUUUAGGAUUUAUUUUGUUGCACUGUUAAUUGCCUUCUCUAGCCUAAAUCGGUCUCCUGCAUGAAAGGUCAAUUAACACAGUGGGAGAUAAAAUCUGAACAAACACCUUGCUGUAAAAAUUAAACCACUUUUUUUUUUUUUUUUUUUUCAUGAAGUCACAGCCACGGGAGGUGUGGCAAGGCAUUGACAAACAUGCAAGAUUUUUCACUAAAGUUAGAAUUUAAAGUUAAUUUCCAAAUGUAGAUCAAAGUAGCCGAAUUAGAAAAAUACUCCAAAUCAUUUGUUUUCAGUUUGGCUUUCUUAGUCUUUAAAUCUGUUCACUGGAGAUUCUAACUUGAAUGCAUUACCCUGAAAGUGAUUUAACUCCUAAAUGGCAGAUAAUUCAGCAACGAAACUAGGGAUAGACCUAUUUUCAAUUGUCGAUUUAUUAGAGCUGAUCUUUGGUAUCGACCUUGUAAUUUAUCGAUAUUACAGAUAACUUUCUCAUCUCUCACAGUCGCCACACACUGUCUUCUGCAUCAGAAACUAUCCGUCAGCCAAUGAAACGCCACGUCGUUACCUCAUUUCACCCAUUACUGUGAGUCCCUGCAUGCGAAGCUCAACUGAAGGUAGGUAGGUGAGACUGUGAAUAAUCUACUGUAAUGUACUAGACUGACUGAAACGAAUAGGAGUGGGAUCCGUGACUCCAGCAUGUACUGGCUGUCUGAAACUGAUAGUAGUGGAAAACGUGAUUCCAGCAUGUUCAGUUAAUGCCAGAUUUGUUUUGAUGUGUGUGUGUGUGUGUGUGUAUAUGUAUGUGUGUAUAUAUAUAAAAAAAAUUUUUUUUGCACUGCAAAUGGUCAAACAGCAGCGUUUGUGCUGUCUCAUUGACAUAUCUUUUUGUGCAGGCUAACUGCAGCAAAGACAAGGAGGAAACAAAAACGAUGCAGAAUGUUUACAUGACCGAUCUCCACAUGUAAAUUAUUCACAGUAUCAAACUUUGAAUUAUUUUUUUUUUUUUUUUUUUAUUAAACGAUUUGCUCAGGACAGCAUUUCCAUCCUCAUUUGCAAAGCAGCUUGUGGCUCUCUAAAACAUCAGAGCUUACUAAUGAAGCCCUUUUAGUGCACUGCGGUAAGAAGAAUGCUGAUUGAGCAAUUACAUAACCUCUAACUAAUGCCAGGAAGCCUCUGACAUAAAUCAGAAAUCCUUUUGUUUUAGCUAAACUGACCUUGUGGAGCAGUAUCCAGUGACCGAGCAAGCAUGGCCUGUGAGGUUAUUAAUCACACUAGGAUUCUGCAUAGCCUGGUGGCCAAAGCAGGAAAGCUGGUCACUGCAGUGUACUGUAAUUUAGUGGCAGAACACGAACUUGCAUUGGUUUAAUGAAUGUAGGACCUGCUAUUUUUUGCCACUUCUUCUAUUAUAUAAAUAUAUGAUCUAUCUAUAAUAUAGCCCCCCUCACUGUCUGAUUAAAGGGUUGAAAAUCCUUGUUUACUUGCCUUACUGACUAGGUCUCCUCGCCCCGAGACAUCACUGCGAUGAUGGGACCUAAUGUGUAUCUGUUCACGCUAAUUCUUUCCCAUAGAAAAUCCUUGAAUCAACUCUAUCCUAUGGGAAACAUAGAAGAUGAACGUUCUCAUGCAAAGCGUGAGGACGUCCGUCUUUUAACAGACGGCUAAAAAUGUGACACUGUAGAAAUUUUAUAUUUGAAACUUUAUAGUUUCCUUCUCCUCAUUUACAUAUUAUUUUGUUUAAUGUGAUAUUAAGUGCUGGUAAAGUAGGUUCUAUGCUAAGCUUUUCUUUUCCGAUGUUGUGUGUCUAUUUAAAUCAUAGCUUUUAUGUUUUAAAAUAGAUGCUGUUACAUUAAUGCCAUUUUAAAGGUAAUCAAAUUUUGUGAAAGCUUGUUUGUCAUGUGCGUGGGCUAUAGGCCCAGCCGAGAUAGUGGGGAGAGUGUGGAAGUGACAGGGUUAAUGACACCAGACCCCUGGUUACCUGUUGCUAGUCCCAGCAACCACUCAAUUAACCCCUGCAAUCCCUUCUAUACUAACCCCCUUAGUACACACUUUACUGCCACCACUAAGACUUUUAAACCCGGGCGUCUUAGGUUACCCCACACACAGUAGAAUUAUAGUAUCGCAGUUCUACUUUUACUGAUAAAACAUAUAUAGUUAACCCUUUUUGGUAACGUGUUUACCUGAGCUUUCCUCUGGAGAGUAAAGCUCAUAGAGAACAGAGAUACAAGCUGAUUAAGUAAACAUUUAAUCUGACAAAAAGGAUUCACAGUGCUGAGUACAAAAUACAGAAAUAAAUGACAUACAGAUAACAAAUUGCAAAACAGUACAUAAAAUAAAAUAGGAGAAAACACAAGAAAUUCCUUACAUAUAUUUACCCCAUAUAGAAUUCUUGUGGGAGUCUUAGAUGGUAUAGGUCUCCUAGAAGUUACUGACAAAAGAAAAAUGAAUAACUGCCUUCUCUGGAUAGUCCAACACCCUCAUAUAUUUAAACUAGUUGUUUCUCAGUGGGCAGACCCCUGGGGGGGGGGAAUCAGAGGGGGUUGGUCUGGCAGUCUAUUGCCCACUCUAUGCAAUUCCUUGUGUCCAGAUCUGGUGAUGGCUAUUUAGAUGUCUUAUGGUCUAGGCCUGGUGCAAGAUCAAAGACCACCAUAAAUGUCAUCCCAAGGUUUACAAAAAAAACAACAAAUAUAUAAACACACAUCAAACACCAACUCAUGCUUUUGGCAUGACAUUGUUCAUAAAAGUACCUUGCAUUAUCUGUUUCAUUCAUACCUAUUGAUCGUAAAUAAUGCAGGUUCAUUCGCCAACUGUUAGUGUGUGUGUAUGUAUAAUAUAUUUAAUAAUAAUAAUAAUAAUAAUUAUUAUUAUUAUUUUCUCUCACAACAUCAAUGUACUCCAUUCUUAGAGACUUAUUUGAUACCGCACCCAAGUAACUCAGGUGCUCGAAACUAGGGCUGACCAGGCCUCUCUUCCAAGAUAUGCAGAAUAAAUAACGGUUUAGGCACUCCGGGAUAACAAAAAAUAGCCGCUUUAUUGAGGCAAAAACUGCAAUGUUUCUACCCUACCGGGUCUUUAUCAAGCUGUACUCCAUUUUGCAGGUCCUAUCCUAGCAUCCUAAUGCCUGCUCCUAUGAGAUUAAUCCACUUACUUGGGGAAAUUCUUCCUUACUGAGACUCUCUCUGCAGGUCAAGGCUAAACGGGGGACUUGAAGAGGCACCUGUGACUGGGAGGGGUGCAAAACCAAGGCAUUGGCUUAGACUCUGAAAAUAUAUAGCUAUCCAGAUAUGGCUAGGACUGCACUCGCUUGAACAUGCUUAUAAUAUAGGGUGGUGCUGGGAUAUAUGUAACUUUUUUUUUUAUUUUUAUUUUUUUAUAUUAACAGAAAUCUCAAAGGAUUCUGGGUGGGUAUAUACAUACUGGGUUUAACAAAGAAUCAAAUUUUUGCCUCAUUAUUCCAUUUUGUGUGUAUGAAUGUUUUUUUUUUAUUUUAUAUACAAAAAUAGUUUUGAGGUGUGGCAAGGAAUGGAAAUUCCUUAAAGGACCACUAUAGUGCCAGGAAAACAUACUCGUUUUCCUGGCACUAUAGUGCCCUGAGGGUGCCCUCACCCUCAGGGUCCCCCUCUCGUUGGGCUGGAUGGAGAGGAAGGGGUUAAACUUACCUCGUUUUCCAGCGCCGGGUGGGGAGCUCUCCUCCUCCUCCUCUCCUCCCUCUUCGGCUAAAUGCGCAUGCGCGGCAGGAGCUGCGCGCGCAUUCAGCCAGUCCAUAGGAAAGCAUUCUCAAUGCUUUCCUAUGGACGCUGGCGUCUUUUCUCACUGUGAUUUUUCACAGUGUGAAGCACGCAAGCGCCUCUAGCGGCUGUCAAGAGACAGCCACUGGAGGCUGGAUAAACCCUAACAUAAACGUGUGUGUGUGUGUAUCUCUAUCUAUCCCUAGCUGGACCUGGCACCCAGACCACUUCAUUAAGCUGAAGUGGUCUGGGUGCCUAUAGUGGUCCUUUAACAGUAUUAUUGACCAUCGUUGCCCUUCCUAAGACAUUCAGUGCUUUUUGAACUGUCAUACAAACAUGAAUAUGUGCAAAAAUGUGGUUAAUUCAUAAACCUUCAGAAUCCUCAGAGCUUCCUUUUGUAAUCCACACCAGAAUGAAUCUGUUUAUUUGGAAGAUAAAGGCAAAGACUGUAGGACUGUGUGUGAGCAGCUACCACGCACACAGUCCUAAUAACAGAUCAAUGUUAAAACAUCCCUCCCAGCCUAGAGUUUACCAGAUAAGUCAAUUUAUGUUUUGUUUAUAGGACCUGUGUGUCCACAUACCUGUUCAUGAACUUUAUUUUUGCCCUGCGUAGCUAACAAAAUUGUUAGCUUUUUCCAUAAUUAUUAGCUUCCCCACCCCACCCCUCUUGCCAGCCACAAGUCUGGAUUUCUAAUGUUCUCAUUGGGCAGAGGAGGCAUCUGCCUACAUGCACACUUCACACAGGGGUGCCUCUAUGACUGCAAUUUAAGUUUAAUUUAAGUUCUUUUUUAUGUCAAAUCUCCUGCAUUUACAUGCCUACCUUCUGUCUAGUACCAUAAUUGUUGAAAAUGAGGAAGCAGCCAAACUCUAAGCUCCAAAACAAUUUUAACUUAAUGAAUACCUUCUGGUGUAUAGAUAAGCACCAAGCUCACUGUUCCGUUCUCUAAGGAAGUAAAUAACAUUUGUUUCUGUUUAUACAGCCACAGUCUCCCCUGGUUGGGACAUACACAGCAAACAUGGAAAAUGGUUUCUUUUUAAAUCAGCACAGUGUGAUUACUUUAGAAGUUUUUAUUUCCCACUCUGUUAAUUAUACUUUGAUCACACAGGUGGCUCCUGCAGGCGUUAGUGGGCUACCAGCAGAGCAGGAGAUAUUAAAUUCUAAAUUAAACAGACUGUGCAAUAAAGGAAAUAUAAACAUUAUAUCUCUAAUGUUAAGGAUAUUGUGUAGGUCACAUGCAGAGAGGUGUGGCUGGGGCUGCAUAAAAUAGCGAUUCAACUCCUAAAUGGUAGAGAAUUGAGCAGUGAGCCUGCGGCGGCAAGAUCUAGAUACCAAAUUAACUCCAUUAAGCUAAAAAUUUGGUGCUUAUAUAACCCUUUAACACUGGCAGAAUAUUUUAUCUUUUUGAUAGAUAAACAUAUUAAAUAUACUUGAAUUUCAUGUUAAAUCACAUUACCUUUUAUAAAUAGUCUACUUAAUGAGAAACUUUUGUAUACCAGCUACUGAUUUUUUUAUUUAUUUAUUUUUUUCAGUUAAAUGUUAGUCAACCCCUCGACUAAUUUUUUUUUUAUUUUUUUUAAAUUUAAUUUUCACUUCUCCUAGAUGAUGAAAGUUCCAUUAUAUAUUAACGCUGCAUGUUGCGGAGCUAUGCUAGAUAAAGGUACACUAUAGUCACCUGAACUACUAAAGCUUAAUGUAGUUGUGGGUGUCUACUCCCUGCCACUGCAGGCAUUUUAACCCCUUAAGGAUACAUGACGGAAAUAUUCCGUCAUGAUUCCCUUUUAUUCCAGAAGUUGUGUCCCUAAGGGGUUAAUGUAAGCACUGCCUUUUUACAGAAAAGGCAGUGUUGACAUUGGUGCCUAGGCAGUCACUCAGGUGGCCACUAGAGGUUGUGUGUGUGUGUGUGUGUGUGUUGCACAAUAUCUGCACACUCUGCAUGGAGACGCUGAGUGAUCUUCAUUAAGUCGAUGCAUCUCUUUGAGGAGAUGCUAAUUGGCUCAGCACAUUGUUUUGCCAUGCAUGCUCGAUAGCCUCCCAAUGCUUUCCUAUGGAAAAUUCUUAAUCAAUCCAAUGCUUUCCCAUAGGAAAAAACAUCGGGGGUGGGGCCAGCAUAGAUAGACCAGCAUGGCGCUGGAAAGAAGGUAAGGGGUUUUUUUGGUUUUUUUUUUCUCCUAACCUUUUUAAGGAGUGGCAAGCCACCUAAAUGGUGUUUCUAAGACCUGUCGUGUUUGUUUACGUAUAUAAGAAAUCCAUUUCCCCCCACCACCACUCCAAUUCUUAGACUAAAACGGGAUAGGUAUGACACAAAGUGUCUUUGAGCAUAGCAGUUACAAUGAGCUUUAGUGGUUAUUGUACUUAAUGUAUUGAGAGCAAUUAUUAGGUUAGGACCUGCCAAAAAUUGAAGCAUUGUAUAGUCUUAAAUUUCCAUUAGGUCAUCUAAAAAUUUAAUUCUUUAUUUUUGCGUGCAAUAAACAUGUAGUUACAGAUACAUUUGCAUCGCCCCAACGGCAUAUACUCAUUGUUUGACAAAAAUCGUUAAGUUGGGAGGCAUAGCAUGAGGAAACUGUGUGCACUUUUUUUUUUAUAAUUACAUGAAGGUUAGUCGAGUAGGUGUCGCUUGUAUGAACAUGGUGCUGUCAGGUAUAGUAAGUCAGCGCCAUCAAAAACAGGAGCCCCUGCAUGUGCAUAGCAUUAGGUGAUCGAGUAUUGUGCUGUGCGCCUGUGCAGGGCCUCGUGUAAGCGUUUAGUGCUAGCUGAUUUCCCCCAGGCUGUGUGCAAGUGAGAAGCUAUGUCUGCUGCUCAGGGGUAUGGUAGAGAUCGUCAGUGGCAAGAAAAAAUUGAGAGAGGGCAAUUCCGGAUCUCAAGCGCUCAGUGACCUCGACAUGAUAGGGGAGAUAUAAACACUGUGGUAAGUAAAGUGUGGUUAGCAUCUCUGAGUGUCUCUGAACCGGCCCAAGACAGUUGGUAUGUCGGUGUAUACAGCUUUGCGGCCUCGGCUGGGCAUGGGGGAAUCCUGAUAAGUGGGCCGAUGUGCUUCUCCAACAUAUGUAUGUUCCGUGAGGUUGGUACGCAGGUAGUGUGUGGUCCUCGCUUGUUCCGUUUUGCGGUGGUAUUAGCAUAUGUAGGUGAGGUUUGUCCGCUCAUUGUCCCCUUGAGCUGCGGCUCGUUAUGUGGGGUUUUCCUUGUCUUGCUGCAUAUCCGCGAACGUGAUGUCACUUUUUAAGCUGUUGCUGGGCAGGAGGGGCUGUUUGGUAAGUUGGAGGGGGACGCAGCAUUAUGACUUGGGCUUCGGCUCUAUAAGAAGGUAGGUGGUUCGUUGCAUGGCGCCGCCUUCCCCAUCUGCCUUUGAGGAUAAGUGUCUCUUAGGGGCUCCACAAUGCUUACUUGCUGCUGGGUUCCUGACCGGUCUGUUCCGGGCUCUGUAAGUGGGCCAUCUUGGCUUUAGGCUUGGGGCCUUCGCUAUGGCCUCUGGGUGCGGCCGUGGGGUGAGGACCGGGAUGACACCCCUCGUCCCAGAGGGGGGGUCCGGGACUGGGGCCGCACAGCUGUAGUUUGUCAGGCUCCGUUAGGCGGGAUAGUGGAGCGGUGGCUGUUCACUCCACUCUCCGCCAGAAAAGGUCCUGCCUGUUGCUGCAGAGAUCUCCCCUCUGGGGGACUAAAACUCAGUGAGCAAGCCUCUCCCCAGUUCCGGUGGCCCUUAUCCAUCGGUGGUUGCAGUUAUGGGUGGGGUAGGUGAUUAAAACUGUGUUUUAGAGGCUGUAUAAGGUCAUUGUUUGCAGGAGCUGAGCUUCCCUGUGACCCCCAUCUAAAAUAUAUAUAUAUAUUUUUUUUUUUUUUUUUUUCCUCUGUUAAGAAUUGUUAUAUGGUUUAGUCUACCCUGUGUGAUUUGCAUGGAGUUUUGUAUAUUUUAUCAGUGGGUCUUUGCAGCAGUAUCUUUCACAUUUAUGUGUGUCCAGGUGAUCGCUUUGGUUUUUUUUGUCAAUCAGGAACAAGUCUGUUGCAUGGUGAUAUACAUUUAAUAAGACCGUUCAGUUAGAACAGAAAAUGUGUUGUAUCACGUUAAACUUCUGUAUUAUUUUAUUGACUUGAGAACAAUUCUACUUUGAGCUGUAAAUUGCUAGCAUGUGAUGUUUAUUUAUUUCUCCUUAUGUUUCAUAUAUUUAAGUGAUCUUAUAAACAUAUCAAUUAUUUUGGUUUCUGUAGAAAUGUUUAUUUUACACCAUUAACUUUUGUCCAUUUCAAUAGGCUUUUGUACCAUCAUGAGACUGUUAUGUCACUGUGGAUCACAAACAUGUUUAUUGCAUUGGUCUGUUUUUUCAUAUUUUGUGUGCAAAUAGAAGCAUGACUAUGAAGUAAGGUCAUAGCAUAGUUGACUGGAUUAUGAGAAGAUAAUCACUUUUCAUGGUCUUAAGCUAAUGAUGUUUGAUCUGCUAUUGAUAAUGGAAACUAAAUGGCUAUCCAGUGAUUUGUAGCCUUGCCUGUGUGUAUCUGCUCAUGCCAUGCCGUAGCAGUUGACUGUUUUCACCUUUUGAAUUAGACGCCUACAACUUUGGUAAACGUAGUAAUAUUCAAAAGAGAGUUUAUUUCAAGCAUUUCAGCUCACAUCCUGAGCCUUUAUCAAGCCUUUAAAUUGGUUUUGUUUUAAUUGCGCCGUCGAUGUGAGACCAAUUCCAAACAUAUAGAAAUUCACUUUUUAUAAGGAUGUUCUGGAUCUUUGGAAAAGGAGAAUAUAAUUAAGGUUAUUUAUCAGGGGUAGGCAACCUAUGGCACGUGUGUCAUGCUCGGCACUUGAGAUGUCUUUGCACGGCACUCAAGGCUGCUAGAGCCAAAAGGGCUCUGGCAUAUCAGGAGUCCCAGUGAAACUUCAGAUAUCUGCUAAUACAAAAAGGUGGUGAAGGACAAUCCUCAAUUUAUGCAUUGCAGCAUGUUGAAGUGAUCUCAGAUCACUUCCCUUCCAGCCCUUGUGAAUGGGAAUCCAAACUAUAGUAGAGCAGCCCACAAGUUGCCGCUCCUGUUCUUGACCUGUACCUGGCCAGCCUGAUCCACUGGAACCCAGGGAAGCCACCCAGACUGCUAGAUAUAUUCAGGAAUGCAGAAUAACCCUCCCCUCAUACAAAUAAUUUAAACAACCUACACACUCCCCACAAACUCAACACCACCAACAGUCUACAUACAUGCACACAACCCCACAUGCAGCCUCUCACAUCCAAGAUCCUUGAAAGAGUUGUAUGCGCAAGAUUGAGACUUCCUAGAGUCCAACUCUCUGCUAGACCCGCUUCAGUCUGGUUUCCGUGCUAAGCACUCUGUGGAAACUGCACUGACCAAAGUAUCCAAUGAUCUACUCGCUGCAAAAUGUCGUGGUCACAACGCUAUCCUAAUAUUCCGUGACCUUUCUGCUGCUUUUGACACUGUUGCUCAUCAACAGCUUCUUUUCAUCCUCUGCAAUAUCGGUCUACAAGAUAUUGCUCUCUCCUGGUGCUCCUCCUACCUGCUUCUUCUCCCCAACUCCUCUCUGUUGGUGUCCCUUAUUGUUUUCCAACUAUACUGCCUCCCUUGGUAAACUUAUUUGCUUCUUUGACUUCCAAUAUCAUUUCAAUGCGGAUGACCCGUAAAUCUGUCCUCUCCUGAUCUCUCCCCGUCGCUCUUGACUAGUGUCUCUGACUGCCUCUCUAUUUCUAACUGGAUGGCUGCCCACUUCCUUAAACUCAGCUUGACCAAAACCUGAAAUUCUGGUCUUUCCUCCCUCAAGGGUUGCUACUCUUAUGUCUCCCUCCAAGUCAACAGGGCUACCAUAAGCUCCACCAUGCAGGCUCACUGCCUUGGUUUUCGCAUACAACCCCACUUAACGCCAGAUGCGACUAAGGUGCUGGUCCAUUCCACUGUCCUUUCUCACCUUGACUACUGUAAUCCGCUUCUUAGUGGUCUUACGUGCUCCCAACUUGCGCCGUUAUCCAUAAUGAAUGCGGCGGCGAGGCUCAUCUUCCUGUCCUCCGACGCCUCACCCUUCUGUCAGUCCUGUAAGAUAUAGGGCUCAAUUUUAAAGUUCUGGUUCUUGCUUUCAAAUCUCUACAUAAUGCUGCCCCCACCUAUCUAUCCUCCCUAAUGCACAAGUAUGUCCCGUCUAGGCCCUAACGCUCUGCUGAAUACUUACAUCUAUCUUCUGUCUGUACUCCCACCUCUGAUGCUCGCCUUCAAGACUUCUCGAGGGCUGCACCGUUCCUGUGGAACUCCCUUCCAUCCUCCGUUAGAUGCUCACCCAGUCUCCACUCCUUCAAAAAAUCAUAAAAUCCCACUUCUUCAGAAAAAGCGUUUUUUAAUUACUGUUAAUCGCUCCCGACUGAUUCCUCUCUUGCAACUGUCAUUAGUCUAAUACUAUCCUUACCUUUUGUCACUUUAUCCCACUCUCUAUAGCAUGUAAGCUCAUUAAGCAGGGUCCUCAACCCCACACAUAUACACACACACACUUCCAAACACCCCAUGUGACAAAUCCAUCAGCACACACAAUUGCACAAGCAGCCCACAUUCAUAUGUAUCAUACACGAUACCACAAACUACUCAUUAACAUAUACAAUAUAAUGGCUCAUAUACCCACAAAUAUGAUACAAAACAACUGCAAUAUAAAUAACACAAGCAGAAUAUGGCAACAAGCACACCUCAAUAAAAAAAAAAAAGGGACCGACACGCUACGGGACAUCACAAUCCUAUUUCUGCACAGUGCUGUGGAAAGGUUGCCUACCCCUGCUAUAUAUCAGUUGUUAUGAACAAAGUAGUGAUAAAGUUUCACUAGUCUGUAAAGGUCUGUCAUGCUUUUGUUACUUGAAUAAUCAAAUUUACAAUGUUAGGUUGAUUGCAUUUUUUUUAUGUGUAAAUGUAAAGACUGCUGUAUGUGUUCUAUAGUGCAAGCUCUGGGAUCUACAGUAUACCCCUCUGCCUUACUUAGGCUCCACAGGGAAGGCUAGUUUUUAUAAUUAAAAAAAAUAAUAAUUUAUUGACAGUAUAUUAAAGGAACAUUAGAAUGUUAUCUCCACACUAUUUUUAGAUUCAGGCAAAGAAAAGGGGAAAAAAAGGGUAUUGCUUGUUUUUUCCAGUGCCAUGAUCCAGUACCUGCUGCUGUGCGAUCAGUCUUCCACAACGUGAUGACUCCUUUUUCGGCCAAUCCAAUGUUUCUCCGGCACCGCAUUCUUCCAAUUAAAUGCUCUAUGAGCAUCAUUUGAGGAGUUUACCUGUGAGACCAGACUCUGAUUUUAGUUCUCACAGCGGAAGCACCUCUAGUGGCCGCCUGGAAGACAGUCCCUAAAUGUGUAGGGUUUUUUUUUUUUUUUUCUCUCUCCCUGAACUGGAAACAUUGCUGUAUAUACUGAACGUGAAGGUUUUACAUUGCAGGACUAAAAUGACAGGGGCACUUGUGCCCAGACCGUUUCAUUGACAUGAAGUGAUUUGGGUGCUUAUAGUGUCAAUAGACAAUUUUGCUUUUCUGACAUUUGGGCAUUUCCACAAGCCUUCAGGGUUGUAACCGUUCGGUACUCCGUUUCUUCAUGUUGGCUUUCAUUCGUUUCUGAUCGCACGGGGUACAGCUGUUCGCCUGUGUUCAUCUGUUUUAAUUUGUGGUUUUUUUUUGUUGUUGAUACAAUUGUCCUGCUGAAUUUUGGUUCUUAUUAUGUGCAUUUGGUUAUUUGCUGGGAAUUCUCAUGUUGAGCCCCCAGUGGAUUUGUUUGGUAUUGAAUUUUUUUUCAUUCAAGUGUGAAUUUGUUAAACCGUUAAAUAACAUUGCAAGUAUUAAUUUUCAUAUUUAAAUUAGGAAUUAUUUUUAAUUUUAUUACUGUACUGGGCCCGUUUCCCUUCUUUAACUUGAUAUAGCGGAUGGCCUACAUUAAGGUCCAUGCUGAUCACAUUUUGUUUUCUAUAUAACAUGGGUUGAUCGCAUGUCUAAUCAUUUUUCCCUCCUAUUUUCUCACCCCAUCGAUUAUAGGUAUUACAAGCAUUUUGUCGGUCUUCAUUAGACCUUUCAUAUUUUCCUGUUUCAGAUUUUCUGCAUUAUAUUGUUAUGGUAUAUACAUCUAUUUCUUGAAAUCUCAUUUAUGCAUGCAUGUAUGUAUAUUUGCUUCAGCUGUUUUUGGCCUGUUACCUCCAUAUAUUUACACACCCGGCCUCUCAUUGGCCUAGUUUUAUGUCCACAAUUUACCUUGGAGGACGGGGGCUUGAUUUCUAUUGCCAAGUUGGGCCACGGCUAUACGCAUUUUAUUUCAGACGUCUGUUAUUCGUAUAGCAUUACUCUUGUAUACUUUUUUUUUUUUUUUCUUCUUCUUCUUCUUCUUCUAUGUAAUAAACUUUAAGCUAUGUCCUCUUCCGGUUUCCCUGUGGUAGUCAUAUAUUCAUCUUGUUCUAGGUCUACCUUGUUACCUUUUUGUUAUUUGGGGAUUUCAAAAUCCUAUUAUGUUACCAGUCACUCUGCUUCAGACAUAGGUAUGUACACAUUUUUACUUCUUACUAGAGGUUGUUACUGGUCAGAAUCUAAUUCAUAUUUUAUAUGUAGGUUCUGUCCAUUUAUCCUCCCUAUUUUGGGCAAACCGGCAUCUUCUACACAGUAGGUUAGUAGUUGUUGUUGUUGUUGUUGUUUCUUCCUCUUAUGCAUUGAUACUUAUUUUACAUAUUUAGGUAUCUUCCACGAACUCUUUUCAAGCUCCACAUAUUUGGUAAUUAUCCCAGGUACGUAACCAUAUUCCUAUCAUUACGUUUCUUUUAUCAAGCCCUCAUCUAGGGUAAGAGAACUGGCUGUUGAGGGUCUGGUGCAGUCCUUAGUUUAAAGUAUUUUCAGUCCUGUGAGGCCAACUCCCCCCUUAACAUGGAGGUUUCACCCACCUGCCCGCGUGAUAAUUGUAGCCUUGCAUCACACACCUGUAGGGUUACAGUUAUGGCCUCACCUAUCACUGCCACACGUUUUAAUUAUCUUAUUGUCACGAGAGGCCAUCACCCUGCCACAAAGUUCAGUGGCUCGAGCUGUAUAAAUAUAGUGGCAGUACUGCAAACAAGUGGGUUGUGCCUUCUGUGGACAAGAAGCUCUCCAAAAUUAAAAUCUUUGAGAAAUCCCGCCUAUUGUGCCCUUAUAAUCCCUGUACUUCCAAGGGUCCCCAGUUCUUCUUGUCCUGGCAGAUAGGAUAGACCGGCACCUACUGAUCAGGAUGUUAAUAGAUCAGUGUGGUCAGCACAGGCUGCUGACCGACGAGGUGAGUGUCCAAAAGUCUGCUUAUGUGGCCAUAUCCUGGGAGGUCCCAGGCAGACCUUCCACUAUGCAGGACGGAUGCAUGCCUACAGCAGUUGAAUGCACGCCCGGGAGGACAGAGCUUUGAGAAAUGUUGGGUAAAAUUACAAAAAUUUGGCGAAUAAAAAGCUGUGCAGGACCUGUCUUACCCCAAGGGUGGUUGCCAGAACAGGUACUCCAUGUCACCAUCCCUCCUACACGAUGGUGGGGUUUUGAGGUGAGAAAAUUUGUAUUUUCUUCUCAUUUGUCUUUAACCCCUUAAGACCGGAGGGCAUACUAUUACGCCCUAUUUUAGGCGGCUCUAAACGCCGCCGGGCGUAAUAGUACACCCUCCGGUCUUUCAUUACUUACCCGGUCGCCGGCGAUCGCGGUUGGGGGGACUCCCAGGGAGCCCCCCGCGGCACGUCCGACCCCCUGGAAGCCCCCCCGGCCAUGUGAGAGUGAGGUCACAUGGCCGGGAUAGCUGGCUGCAGCAUUGCCAGCAGGAGGGCUGCCUGUAAUGACAGGUGGUCCCCCUGCUGGCUGAAAAUAAAAUUAAAUAAAAGUGUAAAAAAAAAAUAUAAAUAUAAAUUUAUAUGUGUAUGUGUAUGUGUGUGUGUAUGUGUGUGUGUGUGUGUGUGUGUGUGUGUGUAUAUAUAUAUAUGUGUGUGUGUAUAUAUAUAUAUAUAUAUACACACACACACACACACACACACACACACACAUACACUGUCUAGGUGUAUUUUACUAUUAAUAUAUAUAAAUAUCAAAUUACACGUAGACUGAUACUGAUUAAAUAUAUAUAUAUAUUAUAAAAAAAUUAAAUAUGUAAAUGCGUUAAAUAUAUAGAUGUGUUAUUUCGUUCUAACUGUAUUGUGAUAUUAAUAUAUUUAUAUCAAAAUACACGUAGAACAAAAUAAUAUAUAUAUAUACAUAAAUAUAUACGUAUAUAGCACUGUAUAAAUUAAAUAUUUUUAAAAAAUUAUAUAUUCACAUACGUGUGUACACACACACACACACACGUAUGUGAAUAUAUAUAUAAUUUUUUAAAAAUAUUUUUAUUUAUAUAGUGAUAUAUACGUAUAUAUUUAUGUAUAUAGAUAUAUAUUCGUUCUACGUUUAUUUUGAUAUAAAUAUAUUAUCACAAUACAGUUAGAACGAAAUAACAAUCUAUAUAUUUUUUAAUUUUAUUUUUUAACGUAUUUACAUAUUUAAUUUUUUUAUAUUAUAUAUAAAUUCUACAUAUUUAUGUAAUAAUUUUACAUAAUUGGUUAUCUUUAAUUAAUUACAAUUAGCGGGAUGUGCCUGACAACCCAUGCCGAAAGUAAAGGGAAUUUAAUUUGCUAGCACUAUAUUUAACCCUAUAACUUUCCAAGACACCAUAAAACCUGUACAUGGGGGUACUGUUCUACUCGGGAGACUUCGCUGAAUACAAAUAUUAGUGUUUCAAAACAGUAAAAUGUAUUACAACGAUGAUAUAGCCAGUAAAAGUGAAUUUUUUUGCAUUUUUCAUGCACAAACAGCACUUACACGGACGAUAUUAUUGCUGUGAUACUUUUUACUGUUUUGAAACACAAAUAUUUGUGUUCAGCGAAGUCUCCCGAGUACAACAGUACCCCUCAUGUACAGGUUUUAGGGUGUUUUCAAAAGUUACAGCGUCAAAUAUAAGGCUUGCGUUUCAUUUUUUUCACAUUAAAAUUCGCCAGAUUGGUUACAUUGCCUUUGAGACCCUAUGGUAGCCCAAGAAUGAAAAUUACCCCUAUGAUGGCAUACCAUUUGCAAUAGUAGACAACCCAAGGUAUUGCAAACGGGAUAUGUCCAGUCUUUUUUAGUAGCCACUUUGUCACUAGUCAACUGGUUCUGGCCUGUGUUCAUCCUGUGUUCAUCCACGGUUAAGAUUUAUAUUAGGGUUUGGAUAAAGUUCAUGCACUGGUGUGUUCUAAAAAGCUACUGCCCAGAUGAUCCAUCUAUUCUAGACAUUCUGUCUUUCCUUCAGGAUGGGUUUCUAGGUCUGUCAACACUUAAAACCCAGACUUCAGCAUUAAGUCACUUACUUGCGCGUGACCUAGCAUCCAACCUUCUUAUCGGCAGAUAUUUUAAGUCAAUCUUGCCGAAACGACCUCCUAAACUUUCAUCUUUUCCUACCUGGGAUUUGUCGUUCGUCCUUCAGGCUCUUUGUGAACCUCCAUUUGAUACAUUACAGGAUGUUUCAUUGAAGAUGCUUUCACUCAUGACAAUCUUCUUAGUGGCUAUCCCUUCUGCAAAGAGAAUAGGAGAACUGUAGACUUUUCUUUAACUUCUCAGUUUACCAUAUUCCACCAAGACAAAGUGGUCUUGCAUCCCAGGCCUUCAUUUUUACCUAAAGUUAUUUGCAGUUUGACUAUGGGCCAGCCUAUUGUUUUACCUUCUUUCUGCCAGGCUCAAUCUUCGGAGGCAGAACGAAAGUGGCUUCUAGAUGUUAAAAGAGCUUUGGAAAUUUAUCUUCAGAAUCUCAGAUCACCUUUAUCACAUUUCAAGGUUCCUGUAAAGGUAGAGAAGCCUCCAAUCGCUAGGUGGCUAAAAGAAGCUAUUAAACUGGCUUAUGAAACCCGUUGUGUUGCUCUCAGUCCUCCGGUAAAAGCACAUUCCACAAGGGCGAUGGCUACUUCCUGGGCAGAAAGAUCUGCAGCUUCUCUAGAAGACAUCUGUAAGGUGGCUACUUGAUCAUCAGUCCAUACCUUCACCAAGCAUUACAGGCUGGUCAUAUUCUCUUCCUCUGAAGCUGCUUUUAGGCUAAAGGUGCUUCUGGCAGUGGUCCUCUGAUUUUCCAACCAUAUUUUGUUGAAGGGAUCUUGCUAUAUCCCAUUUGUUAGCAGUGCUGCCACUAUACGUGAGGGGAAGAAAGUAAUUUUUACUUACCGAAUUCCUUUUUCCUUAUAGUUUCAGUGCUGCCUUUUUCCCUCUUGUUUUUGUAUGAAUUAAAUUAUAUUUGCAAUAUAUGUUCUCCAUUUGGUUCUAUGAAUGACUGGGAAACCUUGGAGGUAUAGUGAUUAUACGGGCACAGUAGGCGGUACUACCACUAUACUAAGGAAAAAGGAAUUUACAUUACAUAAAAUUACUGUUUUUGGUAAUUUUAUUUUUAUUUUUUACUUGUCUUUUUAGUAUGUCUCAAGAAUCCAACCAAGGAGAAGAACUAGCUCCCCUAUGCACACAGACUAGGCCAUGCACCUCUGUCAAGCCUGGUGCCCCAACUGAAUUCCAGGAACCAGGGUCCCUGAGGUCUUGGACAGUACCCAAGAUCUCGGCUGAACUUCGCCGUAGAGGUAUACCCUAUCCUGCUACGGCUAGGAAGGCGGAACUCUAUCGGCUGCUCUCUUCACAUCCUAUGCCUGGUACCAGCUCACAUGGUUGCUGCUUGGACAGGCUGGCUGAAGUUCAGGGAAUGAUUGCUACAAUUAUGACCUCACUAGAAUCUAUCAAUGAGAGACUUUCGAAAUUGGAAAGUUCUGGCACUGGUCCCGUUAAUCAUCCUCUGGUCACUCAAACUCUGGGUCCCGCACUUUCUGUCACGCAGGGUAGUGCUCCCAUUUUUCCUCCCACUCCCUCCUCAUCACACGUAAUUACCCCUGCACACCUGGUUUCCCCUGCUCUUCGUAAAGACAUUCUAGAUGGCAAGGAUGUCAACCUGUUUUUUUUGUUAAUCGCUUCCCAAGACCUCAUUGAAAAUGAAACCUACAAUUAUGGUGACUCUUCUGUAGUACUAAAGGUUACAGACACGAGACUGAACAAAAAACUUACCAUUCCCGAAUUUGUCCUAGCAUUUGGAUUGUAUAGAGAUGUCAUCUGUUCUGUUUUCCCACUACGACGCGAAGAAUUGGACCUGUACAUGCACAAAUUGGUGGACUUGGGAUGCAGGUAUGGAGGUUUCACGUUUUAUGACUACCAUAAGUCUGUGUCAGCCAAAGCAGCAGCUCUGGCUCAACUAAAUAUACGUACCGACUGGAGCCAGUUGGAUAUAGAGCUCUUCUACAGACAUUUUGCGGGCUUGAAACCUCUGUCUUGCGCUGCCUGUUCAUCCACCUCCCACUCCACUAAUUUGUGCCCCUGUGCUAAUUCCAGUUUCUCUAUCAAACCAAAACAAUGAGGUUUAUAAGAAAAGCUAGUACGGCCCAUUGUGUUUUGGGACAAAGCACAGGAUUGCAAUAAUUUUAACGCAGGCACAUGCAGUUUCAGUGCCUGCAGAUAAUUACACGUCUAAACACAGUGCCAGGUCAAUGUUCCUUUCAAAAUUGUAAUCAAAACAAUGAUUGACCCAGGUUAACCUCAACAAUCUUUCAUACUAUUUACCCUCCCUUCACUUGGUGGAAUUCCUGGUUUGCGGUUUUACUCUUGGUUUCCAUACUGGUAUUGUUUCACAUCCUGUAGGCACGCUAGAAUGCCCCUGCCCCAAUCUCUUGUCCACGUCCAAUGAUACCCUAACAGUUGACACUGAUUGCUAAAGAAGUCCAACAAAGGUUUCAUGUUUUGUCCAUGUUCCUCCCCACCCCACCCCCUUUUUCAUCUUGGCAAACAAACCCUGUUGGCAUUGCCAUUAGCAAACUCUCAAAUAAAAAAAUGCAUGAUUAUUGACCUAUCGGCUCCUCAAUCAUUAUACACACCGCUUUCAAAUUGCUUCCUAUUCAUUUUUCUUUGUGGCUCAACAAUUGUAUCAUAAAUUGUGAAUUGUGUAAUCUUUUUGUAAUCCCUCCCCUCCCCCCCCUCUAGUUUUUAGUUUUAGACAUUGUUUUAGAUAUUUUUGUAUUUCUUGUUUUUGUUUUAAUUUUUUUUUUUUAUAUAUACAGUUUAGGUAAUCCACCCCAUGUCAAAUCUGGUUACUGCACAUUUUCUUUAGGAAAUGUCAUAUUUUUUUGUAAGAAGAUUUUAUAUUUAACAUUUAUUUUUUUUGGGAUUCUUGUUUUAUACAUUUUAUUAAAAAAAUUCCAAACACAGGCUGGAAUUAGACAUGUAAUACUUUUUUCUAUUGUUUCUGCAACGGUUACCUGCUUUGAUUGCAUAAGACUUUGUGCUUUAAUUCCUUUUUACUUUGAAUUGUUGAUUAUUGAUCUGAUUGUCGGAUUGCACCUGAGACUUUAACUAGAGAACCAUAAUGAGUUAAUUGACAAUGUUCUUUAUGACGGAUCGAAGCGGAUACACUGAAUGUUUGAGAGCCCCAGGAGGAGGGGAGAAACUAGUCACGUGCCAGAAUCCGGAAGUACAGAGCAAACCCACACCGGAGAAAGCUAAGCCGAAAGGGAGAAAGGAACAUGGUAUUAGUUACCUGCAUACCCUUGACAGAUUUUACACUUUAUUUUUUUAUCUCCAGCCACCCUGUUGUUAGCUUACUUUGUAUGUUCAGGAGGGUGGUGUGGAGCCCUGCUGGCUGCUGUGUGUGAGGGAUCUGGAGCUGCUCUGGACUGCUCCUCUCCCCUCAUGCUACAGCUGCCUCCCCUCUCUCCCGCGCGCUCUCUCUGCAUGACUCUGGGAGGAAGUGUCUUAAAGGACCACUAUAGUGCCAGGAAAACACUCGUUUUCCUGGCACUAUAGUGCCCCCACCCUCAGGGACCCCCUCCCGCCCGGCUCUGGAACCGGGAAAGGGGGUAAAAACGUACCUUUUUCCAGCGCUGGGCGGGGAGCUCUCCUCCUCCGAUCCUCCUCUUCUCCUCCCCGUCGGCUGAGCUGCGCGCACAUUCAGCCGGUCGCAUAGGAAAGCAUUAUCAAUGCUUUCCUAUGGACGCUGGCGUGCUCUCACUGUGAAAAUCACAGUGAGAAGCACACAAGCGCCUCUAGCGGCUGUCAAUGAGACAGCCACUAGAGGAUUUGGGGGAAGGCUUAACCCAUUCAUAAACAUAGCAGUUUCUCUGCUUUUUUUACUUAAAGGACACUCCACUGCCCAAAAAAGUAGAAAUUACUGUUGAGAUAUACAUCAAUGAAUACAUGCAUGCGUUUUUCUAAUCUGAGGUCUAAGAAGGAGGUAUGGGAGAGGGGAGAUAGGCCAGCCACUUCCGUUCAUUCAGGGGAGUUUACGGCAGCCAGGGGAAGUUUAAUUGAAGGGGCAUUAUAGGCACCCAAACAACUUUAGCUUAAUGAAGCAGUUUUGUUGUAUAGAUAUACCACUGCAGUCUCACUGCUCAGUUCUCUGCUAUUUAGGAGUUAAAUCACUUUUGUGUUAUUCAGCCACAUAGAUUUAUUCGUGAAGUCAUAACAAAAAUGAGUCCUGUUAUAAAACAUUUUGAUUGGUGAACAGGUGAUUAACAGGUUUUGUCUAGGAAUUGCCAUUUAGUUUCAGGUGAUAGCCAGGAUAUCUCUUCCUAUUCUAUCGGUCUUUCAACAUAGCAUUACAAGGAUACUAUCAAUACCGAAGUGUGAUGUAAAUCCAGACCUUUAAUCACUUACGGACUGCGGGACAUGGCAAGGUCUCUCUGAACCAAUUGUUAUCCUUGCUUGUCAUCUGUAUUCACAACUCACUAAUUGAACAUUUUUAUACAAUCAUACAUAUUAACAGGUGUUAGUCAUAGUAUUUUACAGUGGUGAAAAAAGUAGAAGAAAGAGGAGAGGGAGGGGAGAGGAGGAGCCCGCAGAGCUUAUGUGCCAGGACAGGGCCCGUACAGUGUGAGGGCCGGGUGUCCCAUAUGGGGAUGGAGGAAGGCCGCUCGGUAUUUUAGAAGCAGUAUAUGUAGGUCCUUAUGAUGUAAGGGUCUGUUAGUCUAUCCGUUCUUAUUAUGUACCUAUAAGGCUCGUCUCCCAGGGUUCCCAAGUUUUGUGAAAAAGCUUUAGUGGUUGGAGUUAAAUCACUUUUGUUUAUGGAGCCCUAGUCACAACUCCCUGCAUGUGACUUGCACAGCCUUCCUAAACACUUUCUGUAAAGAAAGACCUAAUGUUCAAACUUUAUUUAUUUUUUUUUUUUUUGCACAUUCGGUUUCACUUAGAAUUUUUAUCUCCUGCUCUGUUAGUAGCUGGUUGACGCCUACAGGAACCUCCAGUGUGUGUAAGAUUCAGUUAACCGGGCAGGAGAUAAAAACGUAUAAGUUAACAUCUGAAAAUUAGACUUUUUUUUGUGUGUGUGUGUUACAGCCAAGGGGGUGUGGCUAUGACUUCAUGGACAGAAACAAAAGUGAUUGAAAAGUGAGAGUUUAACAGUGAGACUGCAGGGGCAUGACCCGCCCAAAGUACCUCAUUAAGCUAAAGUUGUUUUAAAUUUCUCUAGUGUUCCUUUAAUUUAUUAUAAAAGUGCUGAUUUCUCCUAGAAAAUGUCACUUUAAAGUGCUUUUAAAAUGGGAUUCUCCUCUAAAGCACUUCAGCAAGCUAGAUUGCUUUAAGGGUGGUUGUGUCCUUUAACCCUAUAACGCCGUUACGGUGUUCUAGGCCAUCCUGCAUAUAAUGGGCUUUAAAGCCAUUGCGACUGCAAAGAACGCAGUAAUGGCUUUGAGCCCUGGAGCCUCCCCGGCAAAUCAGACACCACAAACCAUGUAAUCGUUCUCAAAGAACCAUCACAUCGCAGGCAUAGCUGCCUGUGGAUCUGUCUACAGUGGACUGCCUGGGCUGUCAGGCAGUCCUCCUAAUGGUAUAAAAAGGAAAAAAGAUAUUACACACAUAUUAAAAUAAUUACAUAAGUAUAAACAUAGAUACUUAAAUAUAUAUGUGUUUUUUUAAGGCCAAAGGCCUGUAUUUGUGGAAGGAGUUAGCGUUCCUAUAUAAUUGCUACUCUUACCUUGCCGUAAUGCACGCUGUUCACCUCGUCUAAGUGACAGCCGAACUUCUGGUCUUCGUUUCAUUGCGCUUCCGGUCCUGGCGUCCUCUCCAUUCACCCGCACGAAACAUACGAACGCCAAGGUAAUCGCCAUAUAGCCGCAUUCGGGCUCUUUUGCCGUUCGACUAUUCUAAUCUUAUUGUACGUUUUUUGGGGGGGUUUUUUUCUCCUUCAUUCCCUCAUCUCUUUCACACAAACAAAACUCGUACGAAUCAAAAUAAAAGAACGCCAUUACAAUAUCCAUUUACAACCGCCCCGUUUGCCAGUCCUCCGCUGACUGUUAACCAGGGAAACCUCAAGAGGCCUCUGCUAUUUAAGUAUGCUAUCUCCUUAAAACCUGUAAUUGGACAAUCUAUAGUAUAUGGCAGCACAUACAGAGUUGCUAUUAAAGGGUUACUCCUGGUGCCUGGUCUCUAUAUGCUGUAUUUUGCUUUGAGUUUAACCUGUCUGAUACCAGACAUGUAAUAAUAAUAAAAUACAAUUAAAAAAAAAGGGGGGGGGGGCAUUGAGUCACUUGUUUCCAAUUCUGGCUUCAAUUGGUUAGUAGAUCUACAACAGUCCUGGUAGGUUCUUGAAUGUAGUAGUCUAACUUAUGUUUCCAUGUCCAUCACUCGUUAUGUAUGUUGCGUUUUCAUGUUACAGGUUUCUUGUUUAUUGCAUCAAUUGCUUGCUAGUUCGUACUUUAGAGGUUAGGUGGGUCAAUUUCAUUAAGAUGUGAUACUCCUGUCCGGGUCUACAAUCUGACCUUUACAAUGCAAUAUAUCCUACCAUACUUACACGUCUCAUUUGUUUUCAUGUGCUAAGUCUCUCGUACUGGGAAUACUGUUAUUCUGUGGAUUAUAGAAUAGGCUAUACUGCUAAUAGUCCUGCUGGGGUCGCUAUUAUAUACAUUUGUUAUACAUCCUGGUCAAAGCUAUUCAACUAUUCUCAUUAGCUUCUAGAAGUCUGGCAUGCUAGAACCAUGCCGAUUCAAUACUUACCUAAUAUCAAUUCAGGUAUGUCACAUUUUAUGGUUACCAGCUACUCAAUCAUACGUUACAUCUUUUUUAGUGUGGUUGCUGGCUACCAGGGAUUAGAAGUACAUUAGAUUCUAGAGACAUUUAAGCCUCAUACUAGUGGUCCUGCGCCAACACCUAUCCUCAUACUCGGAGGUACUUCACCCAUCGGCCAAAUAAUAGUUGUUUUUCUUACAUAGUGGCAUACGGAUAUCUGGUAAAUACACGAACAGAUCACACAUUACCUUAACUGUAUACUAAUAAGGUAGGACUUAAACAUCUCAUGUAUCACUCGAACCUUUUUUUUUUUCCUGCUUGUUAUAUGCUACCUCAAAUUCAGGUUUCACAAGAGCGUUACUACAACCCGGUUAUUACUCAACUGAGUUCUGCUUAUCAGGUACUAAUUGAGCUUAAUUCACGUCACUAUUUAACUGCCUCUACAAGGCCACGCAGCACCAAAAUAGGAGUUAACAUCUGAUCAAGUUAAUUAAUUCACAUGUUUAACGUAAUAUAACACCACUAAUCAAGAGGAGGCCGUUGUAUAUUUAGAGCUCACCCAAAGGAUAUAAUUUCCCCUCUAAAACAAGCACCUUAAUUUCAGGUUUCGCACGGCAUUCUACAAGUAGACAGUUACUGGAUCUUUAUUGUCUCCUGUCGCUAUCAGGUACAAACACUUUUCAUUUCAAUCAACUGCCUCAACAAGGCCACACAUUUUACAUAAUGGGGUAUUGGGGUACGGGGGCUUGAUUCCCACCUUGCCUCGACAGGCCACGGUUCUACUCGAUAACACGUCAUAAAUUUGUUCAAACUCACUAUCCGUAAGCAAUCAUCCUGUUUCUAACAAACCUUGCUCAUUUCCCCUUCCACUUUCCGCCACGUACUAUCAUGCUUUCACGGCACAACGCCUUCCUAAAUCUCCUUACAGGGUUAUAUAGUAGCUACCAGGGGAAUCUUCAACACCCUCAGGACUUAAGUAUAAAAUACUAUCAGCUAUGUCUCUAAGAACUACACGGUGCUAAAUGUAAUUUUUCUCUCUCCCUUCCCUCCACCACAGCCCAUUUCCUCUUCCAUAUUUUUCCUUUCUCUCACUUCCUUUCUCUUUUUUUUUUUUUUUUUUCCUAACACAGGGGCCUCAAGGUUCCUUUCACUAUCACGACUCGUUACGCCAAUACGUUACAUUACCCCCCCUCCCCCCAUCAAGCCCCUGUCUAGGGUCAGAGAACUGGCUAUAUAGGGUUAGGAGCUGGCCUUCGUUUUACUUCAUAGCUGGUCCCGCAAGGCCAACCCCCCAAUCUCAACACGGAGAUUUCGCCCCACGCCCAAAUCAUAGGUAGAGCCUCUCAUCAGCCGCUUGGCAACUAGCAGGGCCUCACUUGUCACGGGGUAGAGAGCUUUUCGCUUCGGCACUAGUUAGCUAGCCAGUUCUACAUUUCUCAACUGUAUUGUUGUUAAUCAGUUCAUUGUUGUUGUGAUAUUCUUUUUUUCAGUAUGUCCCAAGAAGGCAACAUUGGGCAAGAACCAUCCCUCCCUAGCGCAACCACUGAGCCAGACAAUGAGAAUUCUGUGUUAAGGACUAGUUCACAAGGACAGAUCUGAGACAUUAUAGGAGACCUAAACUCCAUUCUGGCUACGCAUUGGUCCUUUAAAAAUAGACUGUCUAAUUUAGAGAGCACCAGCCCGGCUCAGAGAGGCCCUCCUCCCGUAGGGUCCUUACACACACCCACCAAUGCGCAGGGUUGGCCCCCCGCAUCACCUUUCAUCCCCCCACACCUUCUGAGUACUCACCCGCUACUACUGCUGACUACUGUAAUCCACUUCUCAGUGGUCUUGCGUGUUCCCAACUUGCCCCGUUACAGUCUAAAAUGAAUGCAGUGGCGAGGAUCAUCUUCCUCUCCGCUCGCACCUCCCACGCCUCCCCAUUUGUCAGUCCCUUAAUUGGCUUCCCGUAAGAUAUAGGACUCCAUUUAAGACCCUGAUACUUGCUUACAAAUCUCAACACAAUGCUGCUCUGACCUACUUAUCCUCAAUAAUACACAAAUAUGUCCCGUUUAGGCCCCUACGCUCUGCCAGAGACCUAAGUCUAGCCUCUGUUCGUACUCCUACCUUUAAUGCUCACCUUAAAGACUUCUCUAGGGCUGCACCUUUUCUAUGGAACGGCCUUGCCCUCUCUGUUAGACUCUCACCCAAUCUCCACUCCUUCAAAAAUCUUUAAUAUGCAUUCCUAAAGAAGCAUUCCCUCCCUGCACCCUGAUUCCUCUCCUGAAACUGUCAUCAAAACACUAAGCCCUCAAUAAACACUACCGCAACCUACUUUUCUACCCUUACCUUUUGUGUCACAUUAUCCCACUCCCCCUAGCAUGCAAGCUCAUUGAACAGGGCCAUCAAUCCCUCUGUUCCUGUGUGUCCAACUCGUCUGGUUACGUGUCUGUUAGUCCACCCAUUGUACAGUGCUAUGGAACUUAUUGGAGCUUUAUUCAUAAUAACAAAUGUGUAUUUUAUUGUAAUAAACGUGAACAUUAUUAUGACAUUCACAGUUAAUAUGCCACGCAGAACAAUUUCUUAAAGCGGCACGGUCAUGCCGAACUUACCUUCCCUCAAUCUAUUCCUCUUCUCCCCCUCUCUCAGGAUCUGUUCUUUUUUUCUUCCUGUCUUCUUUAGUUUUCUUUAAAAUCAGAAGACAAAGUAGGGACUCUUUGCCUUAUGGAGGAUUCCUCCGCUUUGACCAGCGGAGGAGCAAAGUGUGCUUCAUUUCCUCUGGUCAGAGCAAUUUUCCCCUUAUCCUUAACUUUCCUCCCUGUUCACACGAUGCUUCCUGUCAGUAUUGCUGAACGUCCUGUCACUUAGACAGAACGCCGACAAAACUGCCGAAUUGCAUCUUAACAGAAUGAGAACAGUUUCUCCAUUUGUGUUAGGAUGCAGUUCGGGACUUUGUUCGGAUUGCAAUUUCAUACGAAUGAAUGAAACUCCGAUCCUAUUCGUGCUGUGGCUGCAUCUUGCAGCCGCUUAGUAGAUAACUCCCUAAUUCCCACGGUAUCAGGGAGUUAUCUACUAAAAGGCUGAAAGACGUAAAUUGAUCUUUCAGCCAACUUUACUAAUACUAAGUAAAGAUUACUUAGUUUUAGUAAAUUCUGCCCCUACACGCUAUACCGCAAGUAGGGACAUGUCUAUUAAACAGUGAGCAAUAAUAAAUAAAUAAUAAAUAGGGGGUGGCACCUAUUGUCCUCCCCCCCGGCCCCCAAGCAUGGGCGACGGGUGGUGGCCCUAAAUGACAAUGGGGGGGGGGGGGACCGAAUAUCCUCCCCCCUGGUCACCACCCCUGAGCGGUGGGUGGGGGCCUUAAAAAAACAAUAAAGGGGGGGACCACUAUCCCCCUCAGCCCCCACCCCUGAGCAGCGGGUGGGGGCCCUAAAUAAAAAUUACCCCCCCCCUCAAUCAAGGUGCCAAAGCCCCUAGUCACCACCCCCACCACCCAAAUAAAACUAUCCCCUACCUACCCCCCUCACCCUAAAAAUAGUGAGGGAGGAAUAAAAUAACUAACUUGUAAACAAAAAUUAAACUUACCAUUUGAAGUCUUCUUUUUUCUAAAAUCUUCAUUUUUCAGCCCCAAAAAAGGCCAAAUAAUAAGCCAUCAUACCUGUCGAACUUAAAAUAAAAAAAACCAGAGCGCAAAAAAAAGUUCUGCAGGGCCCUGCAAUUAGGCUAAGAACACUCUGAUUGGUUUAAGCCAAUCAGAGUUCCAAAGAACUUUCCCACGCUGUGUAAAAUGACAAAGAGCACUCUGGCUUAAACCAACCAGAGUGUUCUUAGCCUAAUUGUUUUUUAGGGCCCCCACCCACUGCUCAGGGGUGGGGGCCAGGUGGGAAGGACAGUAGGUCCCCCCCCCCUCCUUAUUGUUUUCUAGGGCUCCCACCCACCGCUCAGGGAUGGGGGCCAGAGGGGGGGGACAGUAGCCUCCCCCUCAGUGAGGAGCCACAGGCUGCUCACUGUUUAGUGGACAUGCCCCUACUUGCGGUAUAGCAAGUAGGGGCAUUGGGGAGACUUUAAUCUCUCUUAGGCUAUUAUGGGGGUCAUAUUGACCCCCAUAGUGAGGGGGUCCUGAGGGGCUUAUGAAGUGGCAGGGAACACUGCUCCCUGCCGCUUCUAUCUUUACAUAUUACAAGGAGGGAGCUGUGCGCCGGUAGCUCCCUCCUUGUAAUAAACUGAACGAACAAACGAACACUGAUAUUCAGUGUUUGUUCGUCUGACAUUUCUAUUCAUUCAUUCGUCUUUCUGAUGAAUGAAUAGAUGAAAUUUCCGUUUGCAUGUCCAAAUGUUUCACUGGGCAUGUGCGGGAAUCUCACAGUCUAUCUAGUGUGGGCAGAUGAUGUGUCCCACAGGGACUUUAUCUACCCACACAAAGAUGGCAGCGCCCUGAAUAUAGAUCGGGACAGAAAAUAUAGGUAAUAUGGGUGGCUUAGGGGCAUUUGGGGGUGACUAGGGGGUCAAUUAGAGAGUGGAGGGGGGUUAAAAAAAAAAAUGGGAUUCUGCCAUGACAGUGCCCCUUUAAUUUCUCUUUUUUUUUUGUUUUGUUUUUUUUUUACAUUUUAUUCAUGCUGAAUUAUGUUUCAUAUAUAAAUUUGUUAUGAAAUGAAGGCCCGGUUUCUCCUGAACAGUGUGUGGGUGCACUUAAUAUGAAAGAGGUGUAUUAUGGUUAAUAUGAAAGAGGUGUAUUAUGGUUGAACAGACAAAUAACACAAAUUCCAGGUUUUGUUUUGAUCAGAACCAGUACUUAAGGGGUUAAAGUGGAACUAUAUCUUCCUAGAAUUAUACCGCUGCCCAUUUAAAAGCUUUUUCUUAUAUACCUGCUUAUUCAUAUAUUUUUUUAUUUUUUUUUUAUAUUGUAUACUUUCCCCAGUCACAUCAGAGGGGUCACAGAUCUAAUAAAUUGGUGUCCUAUCCCUAGGAAUGUUGGAAACGUGCAUUGGGCAUACCUGACAGAUUUACACCUGUGCAGUUGGAAGAUCUCUUCACAAACCUGUAUUUCUUACAUUGUCCAAACAAGCUAGCUUAUUGCCCCAUGUGCAUUAAAAAAGUUUUACUCGUCUUUAUUCCCUACGUUGUGCUGGUCUCCUUUUGGCCUCUGAUAAUCUCAGACAAUCGAGUGGGGAAUAAUUGGGGGGCUGGGUUGCAUGCACAGCAAGUUGCUUCACCAAUCAGUAUCUCCUCAUAGAUCAGCAUCUCCUCAUCGUGGUUUAACUUCAACAUCUCUAUACAGAGCGUGGGGCAAGCUUUACAAUCCUAAUCCCAAGAAAUCCAUCUAGUUCCUGUUAAAGUAACAGCCACUAAUAGUAGCCUUAGGCAAUAGUGUAAACCCUGCCUUUUCUUAGAAAAGACAAUGUUUAAGUUGCAGGGUGAGAUUGUGCCCUCAAACCACUACAAUAAGUUGUAGGCCAAUAAACUCCUACCAGAAAUAUAAAUCUUCCUUUAGUCACUUGUCAUGCUAUUCUGUGUACCUUUUUAAUAUAUUGAUGAAUACAAAGGCUGGAAUUGUGGGAGGGUCUUGUGUGUCCCAUAAAAGGGACUCCCUCCUUUCCUUCCCUACCGUUAAUGGUCUGGCGAUCUGCAUGCAGCUAAUUCUGGGCAUGCAGACCGCCGUCUUAAGACUUACCUGCAAUUAAACGCUGCGGUCUCCUGCUCUGCCUUGACUCCGGUCUCAAGCUUCACCCCGUGGCGGCAGUCUGUUAUUCCAUCGGCCUUCCAUGCCGCAAGCUAACCUGGAAGCAUCCGCUGAUCUCCGACCCAGUGGACAGGCAGUUGCGCCGGCGCCCUCCUACUGCGUCAUCACGGUUUGAUACCACUUACUUUCAUGCAUUCGUUUGUUCAUUCGUUAUAUUUGACAUUCGUUUAAUUUGUCAGAGCGGCUUCAUGGGAAUGCCUCGGUUAGCUGAGCAGAUUCAAUUUGGUGCUAUAGGUGGGUCAUUUUCUGAUUCAGAAUUACAUAUGGGUACCUCUGCAACUUGUCUGUCCCUUGGAAGUCUUAUAUAUUCAUGUUAUGGGGUUAUUUUAGAGCAGCUUUUGCUUUUCAGCCAUCAAAUCUAAUUUCAGUAAGUAGGUGGGUAUGUAGGUGUGAUACGCUUAGGAGUUCAAUAGCAUAACAUACAUGUAAUAUGUUUAUGUGAUUUUGUCAUUUAGGUAUAGGGCUCUCAUUUCCUUCACAACUUAGUUGCGUGGAAGGGCAGUCUGCUUUGAUUAUACUCUUAAGAAUAGUCUUGAUUGGAUAAGAUGACAUGAAACUGGUACAGUUAGGGAAAGUACAUGUGAUGUUGAAUGCCAGUCAGGUAUAGCUUGAUGGUGUUGUGGGAUAGCUUUCAUUUAAGGUGGCAAAAAGUAGCAAAAGCCACCAGAGAUGUAAUAUCGAACAUUUUAUCUAUGUUAUGUUCCGCUAUGAAUUUCUUGUAUAAAGGGGAUAUCACAGAAUUGUCAGGUAGGUUUAAAGGACCCCUCUAGGCACCCAGACCACUUCAGCUUAAUGAAGUGGUCUGGGUGCCAGGUCCUUCUAGGGUUAACCCAUUUUUUCAUAAUUAUAGCAGUUUCAGAGAAACUGCUAUAAUUAUGAAUGGGUUAAGCCUUCCCCCUAAUCCUCUAGUGGCUGUCAUUGAAAGCACUGAGGCUAUUCUUCUCACUGUGAUUUUCACAGUGAGAACGCUGCAUCCAUAAAACUUUGUAAAUGCUUUCCUGCUGAAUUUGGCUAAUCGCAGCGCCCUUGCGCGUAGCGUCAUUCAACGCCGGAAGCGCUAACGGGCGAGCUCCCCGCCCAGCGCUGGAAAAGGUAAGUUUUUACCCCUUUCCCCCUUCCAGAGCCGGGCGGGAGGGGGACCCUGAGGGUGGGGGCACCCUCAGGGCACUAUAGUGCCAGGAAAACGAGUAUGUUUUCCUGGCACUAUAGUGGUCCUUUAAUAAAAAAAAUGCUUUUAAGUCACCGAGAGGCCAACACCCCGCCACAACUUUCGUUGGCCAUGAAUCCCCUCGCGCCAAACUCUUAGAGCUUCUCAACUAGCAGGGCCUCACUUGUCACCAACCUAGUGAAUUAUUUUGCCACUUGGCCCUAGCUAGCCAGCCAGUAAAUCAAUGAUGUUUCAAGCUAAUUAUUGCCAUAUUUCAGUAUGUCUCAGAUCCCUGAAGAUGACAUGUCAGUCCCCAGUACUCCAGUCAGGUCAACUACACUUACAUGUAGAGGUGAUGUCAAUAGCCCUGCUUCCAUCAGGUCACGGACCAUUCCUCGCAUAACAGCUGAGCUAUGCAGAUGCAAUAUUCCUUUCUCAGCAAUGGCCAGGAAUGCAGAGCUGUUGAAGCUCAUGCGCACCACUACAGACCAUACAGAUGCUGGAGAAGGCACGAGUAGCUCAGGCUACACCAAUCUCCACUAAAUGAUUUCAUCUCUUGUGUCCUCUAUGGGGCAAAUUAACGAUAGACUGGAGACACGUUGUCUAGCCAUACUAUCAGCAGGGUCCCCGCUACUGAACUACCCGGCCAGUCUCUGACACCAUCUGGUAAUAUUGUGGAAAUGGGUACAGGCUCACAAGUGAUUAAUCCAGCCCAUAUGGUACUGGCAAAUCUCAAAAAGGAUAUACUGGAAGGCAAAUAUAUUAAUCUUGUCUCGCUCUUGAUUGCCUCCCAGGAUAUUGUUGAGAAUAGCACGUACUCAUAUGGGGAUGUAUCAGUAGUUCUAAAAUCCAGGGACUUUAGACUAAACACAAAACUGUCCAUUCGGAAUUUUGGCUUGGCCUUUGGGAUUUACUGAGACGUGAUUUGUUCAGUUUGCCCACACAGGAGAGAGGAGUUGGAUCUAUAUAUGCAUAAGUUGGUGGAUCUGGGUAACAAAUACGGUGGUACAUCAUUUUAUGACUAUCAUUGGUCCAUUUAGGCAAAGGCAUCUGCAACUCCGACCCAGUUCAAUAUGAGAACAGAUUGGAGUCAACUGGACAUGGAUCUUUUCUGCAGACAGUUCGCUGGACUGAGGACACCAGCUUGUGCAAUUUGUGCAUCUUCUUCGCACUCUGCCUAUUUUUUGUCCCAUAUCACCAGAUGUCUCUCCUAACAUGACUAUCCUUGGCACAAAAUUUAAGUAUGAUAAACCAAGCAAGGUUAAGCUUGGACGUCCAGUUGUGUACUUGGGAAAAUCGCAAAUAUGCAAGAAUUUCAAUGACGGCACGUGUGGUUACAGCGCGUGCCGCUUGUUACAUGUUUGUUCUCACUGCUACAGAGCACAUGCAAAAACCAUAAAUGGCCCCAACAUCACAUGUACUUUCCCUAACUGUGCAAGUUUCAUGUCAUCUUAUCCAAUCAAGACUAUACUUAAGGGUAUAAUCAAAGCAGACUGCCCUUCCACGCAACUAAGAUUACCAAUCCACAAGCAAUUAUUGAAACCGACUUACUAGACUCUACCCCUUUCGAAAACUUCACUAACAUAGUCAUCAAAGCGGCUAUUUACCUGGCCUUUUAUGUUUUUUUUUUUUUUUUUAGGCCUGGGGAAUUUACUUCCAACAAUAGGAACUCCUCUGUUACCUCAAAGGCUCCAUCCUAGUCAAACACCAAGAUCACUACAUACUGUCACUACCCAUCACAAAGACUAGCCAACUCUGACAACUAGUCCAUAUUCCUUAUUAUCCCACGCACAAUAAGUGGUGCCCAGUAAAAGUACUGGAUUCAUAUCUCCUAGCUGCGCCUACACGUCCAUCACAACCGUUGCUGUCGUUACAUGGAUCUGUUCUGACUACCUCCAAUGUUGAUGUUAUAUGUACAAUUGUUACUAGUGAGACUAGGUUUAAAUCCUAUUAGAUAUUCAUGGCACUCUUUUAGGAUAGGGGCAGCGUCUUCAGCCUCCAGCUAGGACAUUCCAGUACAUAUCAUUAAAUCUGUGGGUUGGUGGAAGUCGGCAGUUUAUUCAAUGUAUAUAUACCUCAACCUGUGAAAAAAAUGCAGCAGGCUUUUGUUAAAAUGUCAUCAUCGAAUUACGUGAAUUGUUAAAUAAAAUACAACAGCAUGGUAUCUUUAUUUUUGCCCACUUUAUUUGCAGGCCUGCCGCAUCUUUGGUUCCGGCACACCUCAACCAACAAACCGACUUGUACUCUAGCAGGUUACGCCACAACCCAGUCUUACAUUAUCCAUAUCGAUAUGGCCCUGAACACAAAUACAAAGGCUUUGCCUGGAAUUGUGGGAGGGGCUUCUUUGGCCCUGAAAAGGGACUCCCCCCUUUUCUAACCUACCGUUAAUUGUCUGGCGAUCUGCAUAAACCUCCCCCCCCGUCCACACCCUUUAUUCAUUUAUAUGCUACUAGAGUGGGCCCACUUUCUUUACAGGCCUAAUGCAUGGUCUGUUCCGGCACACCUCAACCGACUCUAGCAGGUUACGCCACAACCCAGUCUUACAUUAUCCAUAUUGAUAUGGCCCUGAACACAAUUCUAAUUUAACAUUUUACCUGCCAUUUGCUGGGAAUGCUCUUCUUUGUUUCUAUUGGAGACAUAUCCGGUGCGUUUUCCCUUUUUGCUUUUUUUUUUUUCCCACCCCAGUGUUGAAGUGUUCCAGUAUAUAAUUUAUAUACAUAUAAAUAAAAUGUUGUUCAUUUCCCCCCCCCCAUCAUUUAUCUUUUGUUUUAUUCCAUCUGUUUUGGAUGUUGUGGUAGAACAUUCCAUAUCUCUGUUCUAUGCUUUGAAUUAGUUAAUGCUGAAAUUUCCAUUUGCACAUUUUCUGCACUGAAGUUUACCUUUUUAAAAGACUUUCUUGGCUGCUAAUUGGGAUCAAAGUUUUAAAAUUACAUUUGUAUCCUGUCUUCUUGACUUUCCAUUACAAAAUAUUUAUUAGGAACAAUCUCUAACGUUCAACCAAAAUAAAAUCUGUAACUGGUAUAACCCAACUUGAAAAUAUUGACUUAAAGUAUUGACUUUACUUACAGUAAUGUAAUUUAUUUUCAUGUUUUUAGGUAUUAGAUUCCAGGUGUAAAAUGGUGACUCUUAAGAUGUUUGUUACAGUCAUGAAAAACAUCUGCAACCUUCUGAUGGUCCAUGUCUUCGUGUUUACUUACCUUGUGCCUGUGGAAGCUGACAUUCAAGCAGUAAGUACAUUGACAUUUGUAUCAUCCACUGCCUUUCCUGCUGUGCAUUCCUCACCUUGGAGAGGUCUAACUUCGUUGUUACAGAUGUUUUUAAUUAAAUAGUACAACCUAUGUUUUUAAAUUCUAUUCAAUUUGGGGAUUAGACUAAUCUCCAGUGACACACAGCGUGUCUUAUUUAUAGUUGUUAGUGUAAAGAUUAGAAAAUAUUCUUUGGGAUGUAAUUAUUUUUUCGGUUGUAGUUACACUUGCAGAAAGCCAGAGUGAUGUGACUGUUCGUAAAAAAACAAAAAAAAAAAAGAUGUUUCAAAGUGCAUGUGUUUGUUUCUAACUGUAUGCACACACAGUACACCUUUUCUUAACGUUGCCCAUAGAGAUGCAUUAAUUCAGUGCAUCUCUAUGAGGACAUGCUGAUUGGUGCGCUUUGCCGUGCAUGCGCAAUAGCCUCACAGUGCUUCCUAUGGGAAAGCAUUGGAUUGGCUGAAAUCAAUAAGAAGGAGCCAUCAAGGAGGAACUUUGAGGCGGCGCUAGGCAUAGCAAGACUGGUGUGGGAGAAAAGGUGAGUAAAUUCACCUUUCCAAUGCGAUUGUAGCGGGGCUGAUCAUGUAAACAGCGACUCCAGUGUUAGGCAUAAAUGUUUGUAUUCCUGACACUAUAGAGUUCCUUUAAAUUAUAUUGUGAUCCAGAGCUCAAACGAACACACCUUCUCUAUAACUGCUCACUAAAGUUGACGUGGAAAUGGUGGGGGACAAGAGUGGCUGUAUUAAACCAUUUUCUAGUUUUACCGUAAAGUUAUUCCACCAGCACCUGUCAAUGCUGCUUCUUGAUUUCCUUCUUCUCGACUGUUGCUGAAGAAGGUUUUGCUGUAAAAUUAGCUGAUGCUCACUCUACCACUGGCUUCCCAUUGAGAGGUAUAAUACAUACGGCAUGAGCGGAAGUUAUAGGAGUGUUACCUUAAAAAAAAUGUCGAAUAUUAACAUUUGCAACACAUUCAACUGCAGUUCUUGAAGAGAAUUCAGGCUGAACAUCUGACAAACUGUUUAUACUAGCAUGAAUCAUACUGCCUGGACCCAUAUUACUUGCCUAUGUAGACCGCUUGUAGCCCAAAUCGUCAGUCUGUCUUUUUGAUUAAGCUUGGUAUUAACCAUAUCCCUUAAAUUUAUGUGCAAUUUCCUCUACCUGCAUGUUCGUGUGGCACAUAGCAUCUUGUUUAGGACUUUUUCCUCUCUGCCUUGGACUGAUAGAUGGAUUUAAUGCCCUGUAACUGAGGUAGGCAACCUUCGGCACCCCAGAUGUGGAGUACAUCCCCCAUAAUGCUGGCAAAGCAUCAUGGGAGGUGUAGUCCAAAACAUUGGGAGUGCCAAAAGUUGCCUAUGCCUGCCCUAUAAUUUCAAACAUACUGUUUCCACUGUGAAUCACCAAGUAACUGUACUUCUGAAAUUAGUCAUAAUAUCCUCUCUUCCAUCUGGUAAUAAUCAUAGAUUUUAUAUAAUUCUCAUUCAUUGGUCCAAAAUAAUUAAUUCAUAAAAAUGAAGUCUUUAGAUCUAAAUGUCUCCGUCCUACUCUGGAGAAUCUAAAGAAGUUUGUCUAAACAUGUCACUGGAACUACAUCUGUAUGUUACAAUAAUAACAAUAACAACAACAAAGUAACCAGUAAAGGUACAAUGUGGGGAACAUUCACUAGUUGGCGUCAUUGAGCUUGGUGCUUGGCUCUACCGCUUAUCUCCAUAAGUAGCAAAUAACAUUACACUUAAACUCCAGACCCCUAAAGCACCUUAACUUGCUGAAAAGUUUUUUUUAAUUUUAUUGAUCACGUUGGCAAAAACUGCAGAUUCCAAUAGAAAUUUACAGUUUUAUAAAGUAACUUGGUUACACCCAUUGACUUGCGAGCAAACAGGUCAUGUUACUUCGGGGUUUGGUUAGCUCAGUGGAGCUAAACUCAAGAGGUAGCAAUUGCUCAGCUCACCUGCCUUACAAAGUUCUAAUUGAGCUGCAUUAGGAAGUCCGUGAUUGGACAACUACAGAAAGUCUGGAUUUACAUUUAUUCUUAUUACCACCUAUAUUUAGCAAAUUUGUUUUGAGAGAUCUUAAAAUAAAUAAAAUAAUGGAAUUAAGAACACAUUUUGACUUCCUGUCACUUUCUAAAUGUUGUCAUUUUUUUUGAGCAUUGAAUAUAGUUUGUUUCUUUAGUCAUUUGCCUUGUGUUCUCUGGCUGUUCCUGUACUGAACUGGAUUUCCAUGUCUCGAACAAUCUUUAAUAUACAUUUUAAAAGAAAAUGAAACGUCUCCCACCAAAUGUGUAGAAGACAGAGUUCCCCUUUCCUGUCCUACCCCAUGAACUGGCACUUGGUUGGUUUUGAUCUAUAGAAUACAAAAACUUUAAAUUUAGAAUUGUCUCCUGUAUUUUCAAGGAAGUGGUGCUGCUAAGGUAAAACUUUUUUUUUUUUUUUUUUAAAGGCAGUCAUUUUAUAUUUAAUAUUUUAUAGAUUUUUCUGUAACUGAAGCACAGAACAUUGUUACCUAAACUGGAAAAAUUAGGUCUAGUACAUAAUUGUAUAAAUACAAGGUAUACCGAAUAAGGUUCUAGGUUUGGAGAGACCAAUCUCUAACUCUAUUGCACUUCAAAAUACCUUGAAAGUUUGAUAAGUAAUAAUUCUAUCAACCUUCCAUAUUUUGGAUGAUUUCUGGUUGAAUUUGUUUGGAAUCUUUUUCUCAGUCCAAGCCACAUUGAGUUUGCUUCCAUCCUCUAACAUCAUUCAUUUUUACUGCAAAGAUUAUAUCAUCUGCCCUUCUGCUCUAGUUUUAUAUUUCUUGCUCAUGUGGACUCCAAGAAUUGCCUAUUAAUUGUAGAAGGUAGCAAUAACCAUUGAUUUAUUUUCAUAUUUGAAUAUUAGGACCUAUAUUAAUUUUCAAUAUUUUUUUUUUUUCUUCUACUUCUUCCAGUUCUCCUCUGACAAUGUAUCCAGAACCUUUGAUGACCUUCCUGCAAGGUUCGGAUAUAGACUUCCAAGUGAUGGAUUAAAGGUAUGUUGAAUUAAUUACCCAUUCUGGCAAAACUGAAUACGAUCAAUAAAGGAGUGUUCAGCUUAUGUUCUUGGCAUUCAUUAAUCCUUUCAUCCUUUCAUCAACUAGUCUGUGAUGUAUAACUAUGCCAUAAAGAAAGUUAUCAUUUUAUGCUCAUCUGAAUUGUGUCCUGUAAAACAGAACCACAUAAAACAAAUGUAUUGAAAAUGUGUAACAGUGUAAAAUAAAUGUUGCAAGUUAAUUAUGUUUACUGAUCUUGCAAUAAGCAGGAAGAGAGAGGGUUUACUUAGAGGCAAGCUACCAUAAACCACCAGCCUAUGGCUGCAUCUAAUCCUGCCCUAAAAUUUGUCCUAUUAUUUCCCUGUUGAAAUUCUGGUAAUUAAGUUUUUUUGUUCAUAACCCUGAUUGCGUGUUUCAGAGAUCAUAUGGGGGGAAAACACAAAACAAAAGUGUCCACUCUGUUGGUAAUUGAUGUCCCAUUAAUGCAAGUUACUGCUCAUUUUAAGCGAAAUGUCUGUUUUCAUGUGUUCAUUGCACCAGUAUAAAGAUUAUACUUUUAUUCAUUAUUUACAGCGUACAAGAAUGAAAUAGGAGCGCUCAACAUGCAUACAGCGUGUUACUGUAUAAUAGUGUUGUACAGCCGGUUAUAUUAAUUACAACUUGUAAAAUAGUACAUCUAUGUAUGCACAGUAAUCGUAACGGAAUGACCUCCUCUUACAAACUUAAGGACGAUUGUGUUUUGCCCAUAUUAGGACUGCCUGUAGAACUCCGGAGACCAAAGAACAGAAGAUGUUAUGGCUGUGUAACCGGUAGUGACGCUCCCUCAAUCAUACCUAAUGGAGCAUACCAAUGUCUAGGUGUAAUGUGGUAGAUAAUUAGAAUAUUUGUCUGAAACGCAAAGUAAAUUUUGAACUAUUGAAGCCGAAUUGAGUUGUUUAGAGUAUGCCAUGUAAUUCCCUGUUUGUGCAAGAAUAUUUGUUUGUUGCGGAGUGAUGUCAGAACUACGGCCAUGUGAUGUAGAUUGCUUGUUUGUUUUGGUCCCAAUUAGCUGGAGGAAGGGAGUGCCAGCACUGGUAGGUUGCACAGGAGUUACAGUAAGGUUUACUUGCAUUUUUGUUUAUUGUAAGAGGGAUAUUUACUCCUGUGUUAUCAAUGUAUGUAGUUUCACUAGCUUUGUGGCAUUCUGAAUAUUUUCAUGGUAGAUGACUUGCCUGUGCAUUAAUCAUAAAACUGGAUCUUGAAGGUCUAUAUUUAAGAAGAAUUACGGAAGUCAAUAAUGGCAAACAUUUGAAAACUAUACCACCUGGGGUGCUAGUGAUAGGUGUAAACAUGGGUACAUUACUUAUUGUAAACAUUACUCCGCAAAGGCCUUAACUUUGCUCCAUCGUGCUUUAAUACACCUUUUGACUCGUAUAUUGAUGAUAUUCAAAAGUUUAUACACAAGCUAUGUAUCCAACAAUUUUUCCAAAAUCAUUAGGAUGAUGAUAAUUCAACUCCAUAAGAAAAGAUGUAGGAGAAACUGGGAUUAUCCAUACCUCUCUGAAGAAUAGAUCUAAUUUUUUCCCUAAACCAUAUUAUAAUGGGUCCCUAAAGGUCUUUAAAAACUUAGUUAUGACAGAUAUAAAGACAAAUAAGAAAAUUAACAAUUUUACUUAGAAUCAACAAAAAGCUCUAAAGGAACUACAACAAAAUAAAAAUAUUCUAAUAAAAAAAAUAAAAACAGCCGAUAAAGGCAGGGGUAUCGUUGUACAAAAUAGAAAUAUUUUGCUGAGAUUUAUAGACCGUUAAGUGAUACAAAAAUAAAAAACACUCGAUAUCACGAUAAUAAUGAAGUGCCAAUUAUCCUAAAUUAUGACGAGAAUGCCGAAGAAAUUAGACCUAUAUUAAACAAAGGCACAUUUUAGAUACAGAUCCUAAUCUAAAAAGUUUCAUUCAUGGGAAACCUAAUAUUAUAUUUCGAGGAGCUAAAUGAAAAUGUAGGAGCGAUGGAUGGGGGCAGUAAAUGAAAAUAUUAGACCCCCCCACGUGAAUAGGGGUCCCCAAGCCCCUAGUCAACCCCCACCCAAAAAAAUUAAACCCCUACCCAUCCCCCUCACCCUAAAAAUAGUGAGGGGUGGGGGACAAUGAAACUAAAUUCCUGUAAAUAAAAAAUAACUUGCCAUUUGAUGUCUUCUUUUUUCUAAAAUCUUUUUUUUCAGCCACAAAAAAGGCAAAAUGUUUGUGUAAUUUGACUCGUAACUCUCUGGUUGUUUUGUAGUUUGCCUGUCAGUCUCUUCAUUUACCUGUCAGUGCCCUCUGGCUGGUCGGGUAUUAUGGACUUUUAUUUGGCAUUUUUGGGGUCUGAAAAAAUACAUCAAAUGGCAAGUUAUUUAUUAUUUACAGGGAUUUAGUUUUAUUGUCUCUAGCCCCCCGCUCCCACCUGCCGCUCAUGGGUGGGGGCCAAGGGGUCCCUAUGUCCCCCGUUUAUUUUAAUAGCCCCCACUCGCGGGGCACAAGUGAGGGCUCAGGGUGGGGGACAUAGUGUUAUUGUAAUAAAAAAAUUUUUUUUUUAAUUUUUUUUUUGUGAGCGGUCACAGGCUGUUUAAUAGACAGGGGCAGAAUUUACAAAUACUAUGUAAUCUUUACUUAGUGUUAGUAAAUUAGGCUGAAAGACCAAAUAUAUCGGUAUGACUACGAGGAAUUUUAAAGUACGUCUAGCCGUACACAUGGGCAAUAUCCAGAGGAGAUAUAUGAAUCAGUGUUUCUGCACAUUUUUCUGAAGUACACAUUGGUGAUUCCACUCUUAAGCUAUUGUAUAAUUUUUUAAAAGACAAAAGAAUUAGAGGCUGGAAGAUUCUCUUAGAGUUGGCAAAGGUGGAUAGCAAGUGGAUCUAUGAAAUGAACACUUUAGCACCUAGUAGUUUAAAUUUAGACUUUGAGUUUAUUCAUUUUUUUUUAUUUAAUAAAAAUAUUUAGGUGUUGCUUUUUAUAAAAGGAAUAACAAUUAAAAGAAGAGAAGAUUUUUGUUUUAUAAAAUGGGUCCCCUUUCUUUGCAUUCUUGCCAUAUGACACAUGCUCCCCUUGAGGGAGAUAUAGUGAUAACAUUUCCUUUAUGGUUGAUAUGAAUUAAUAAUUAUAUGGGGAUAUUUAUGUAAUGUGUGUUUCUUUAAAAAUGAUGUAUAACUUAUAUUUUUAUAAAUACAGAGCUUCCCCCCUUUUAUUUAUUUAUUUAUUUUGAUUUGAAACAUUCAUUAACAGAGCACAUAUAAAGUUCUAUUAAUGUACUUUCGGACAAUAUACUUUUAUAAUCACCGCUGUGUCUAUGAGAAUGAAGGGACCCAAACCAUCGAACUUGCCCAUAAAUAAUAUGGAUUCCGGAUACCUACUAAUGGCAGACCGGCAGUAGUGAUGCCGUGCCAUAUGAUAGACGGAUGUGACGUCAAGGCAUCAGUAUGAAACCGGAUGCAGACUUUAUCAGAGGCUCGACAGUAGCUGAUACCCGGGAGGAAAAAACCAUUAAUCGGCUAUAAAAGCCAUGGAUCCAGGGAAAGAACUCUAAGCACUUGGUAGACACGAAACGCGUCUAAGAGACUGAUUGUACUAAGGUGUGUUAGUGCCAGCGGCAGUGGUGUAUUUUGCCCAUGGCAAACUAGGCAUUUGCCUUGGGUGGCAAUACCCAGGGGGUGGCAAAAAAGGCCGUCCCUAAACGCCCACUCAAGGGACCCCGGUGUUCUCCCUGUCGUGGGGGGUCCUAGAGCUGGCCUGCUUGGCCACCUUAUUGUGGCCAAGCCCACUCUUUUUUUUUUUUUUUUUUGUAGGUCUACUAUUGGUUUUAAGACCUCUGCUAUUUAUCUAUUUUAUGUUGGACACUUUUGGUGUUUUAUUGGUACCUAUUUCUUGGCUAUGCAUAAACCAUGCCAGACCAUCUAAUCGAUUAGGAAAAUAAUUGUCAAUAAAUCUUUAAAAGUGAUAACUUAUUUUUAGUUGUUGCAGCUCUACCUAAUUAAUUUUUACGUUUGGCCUUAUCCCCUUUACCUCAACUAUGAUCUGUGAGUAAUGCCUAUUUUUAAAUAGGUUUUUCUCCUAAUCCGUACAUUUUCUAGCAAAACUGCUAGCACAGUGUAUAGAUAAAAUCUUGUGCUCGGCCUUAUGAACAUAAGUUGUGUGGGAUAUGGCAGGUGCCCUUUAAGGAAAUUAUAGUGCCAGUAUAUUGCUUAGGGAACCUAGACUGCCUUAGGAAAGGCAAGGACCCAGUGGACUAACUGAAGCAGCUCAGCUUUGUUGUAGCUUCAAGUAGUCAUGCCUGUAAAGGACGAAGGUCAGCAAUGACUAGGAUGCUGACAUAAUUGUUUUUGUUCUAAACCACUUGAGUUGAAGGUUGGUGACUCUAUUUUUGCACAGACCCAGCAGUACUAAAAUGUAGUAUAUCUCCUACUCACAGCUGACUCUCAGUUGGCAAAAAAGUGGAACACCAUAGCUGCACUGAUUAUGCAUUAUUUAAUAAUUUGCCUACUUUUGUAUUGUUUCUAUGUUGCUGGGGGAGGGGGUCAAUUGCCCUAUUUGCGCUUACCCCAUCCCCAGAUCUGCCACUGCCUCUGCAACUGUAAAAAGUAGAGAGAGCUCUUUGCUUGCAAAGUUUCCUGAUGAGAUUCGUUCGGGGAAGAUCUUUAUAUCUUUUGCAAAGUGGUGUGGUACUAUUACAGGUUACUGUCACUCAAGGACUGAGUCUCUGUUGGUUUGUCCAUGCUUUUUGAAACAACCUUGUUGCAACAUUUUUGUUUACCAGAUGUGUAAAACGUGCGGUAAGGAAAUCUAAGCCCAUCCUGGUUUGUCCUUACAAACGUCAUGAUUUCAGCUGUUUAGGUUGUAUGUUAAGAGUUCACAGUACAGUUUGUGACUGGUAAACCAGAAGUAUGUUUUCCAAUUAUACUAGUGAUCUUGAACUUUAUGAUUCCAAACAAACCUCUUGUUAAACUUACUAAUGCAAUUAGGGUGACUGUUACAAUUCUUCGUUAUAAACGGGGUCAGCUAUUAAACUUAACUUCUGACUGAGAUAAGUGUCCAAGACUCCUGGGUCAGCAACUUAAAUAGUACCCUCGCAAGUCCCCCUUUUUUUUUUUCUGUCCGACAUGUUCAUUAUGGCCCCAGAGUUGAGUAAAGAUGUCUUGCAUAAUUCGGAUUAUUUAUCUAUUACAACAUAAAAUAAACAAUCAGCCCCAUAAAUUGAACAAGCUGUUAUGUGCAUCAUUUUGGGUCACUGAGGGGGAAAAACAUUUCUUGAUCUGGACUUUGGAAGGUUUCUCUUUAAGCUAUCGGUGUAAUUGAAAAUCUAGCAUACAUGUUGAGCCAAGGUAAGAUAUGACAUUCACUGUAAACCCUUGUUACAAAACAGUGCAAGAAGUAAUUUCUUCAUAUUUUGUAUUUGUUUUUGGUUUUUUUGUUUAAUGAUGUAAGGAAUUUUUUUUUUCAAGUUGCCGUAAUCCAGUGAUGCCUGACCUUGACACCAUAAAUUUUCUGGAUUACAUUUCCCAUGGUGCUCAGCUAGCUUUUAGAGUCUAAAAGCUAGCUGAGCGGAGUCUAAAAGCUAGCUGAGCAUCAUGUGAAAUGUAGUCCAGAAACAAUUUAUCAAGGUUAGCCAUCACUGCCCUAGUUCAUUACUAUUCAUUAUAAGUCAAGCAGUUUACAAACUUACUUCAGCUAUAUGCCCCUAUUAUUCAGUGUAUGUAUGUAAAAAUAAGGUCUCAAUCCACAGAAAGUUAGGAAAAAUUAUUGAAACAACAUCUCUGUUAAGGUUUGCAGGGUGAAGGAAUGAAUCAGCCCGACCUGUUUAUAGUCUGUGUAGGCACAAAACGCGUUAGAUUGAUUCAUUCCUUCAUGUUUUAGUAAAAGUCCCCCUUUACUGGACUGUACACACUCACCGAUCAUAUGCAGGCUGUCUAGUAGUAAUGGAAAAACUUUGUGGGGUUUCCAGGCUUGGACAUCCUAGUGCAAACUAUAUUUCAUCUCGGAAUUCCAACUCUAGGAACAGAUUUGGAAUGUCUAAGAUAUGUAUCCUCGGUUUGUGAGCCUUUGUUAGGCAAUAUCUGUUAUUUGUCCCUGCAGUGCCUUACACAUAGCUUGUGCAGCACUGUUGGAGAAAAUGGCAAGUGUGCAUACAGAAUGUUUCUAAUGAGUGCACGUAAGCACAUCUAGGGCAUCGUGAGCAAUACAGUCACCCUAAAGUAGAAGUGCAGCGGUUGUAUUUUAUUUAUUUAGUUUGUUACCCUUCUAAAUUCCUGUUGCUUUGGGAAAAAAUGUCCAGUUUUCAAACCAUUGUAAAUAUAUACGGUAGUUUUCUAAUAGACCAAUAUUGCAUGAUUCUUUGUGCACUAAAUAAGAAAUCAAUAAAUGGUUGCUGCACAAAUCAAAGUAAACAUAAAUUAGCUAAUGAAUGGCGAUUAUUUAUUUAUAUAUAUAUAUAUAUAUAUAUAAUCUGUGUGUGUAUGUAUCAUCUAAUAAAAAGUUAGCCUUGUGUGCCAUGAUUUCAAAUGUUUUACAAAGUGUAUCUGUGACAAAUACUAAGAAACCUCUUUAUCUUCUGACUUUUGCAUUGUGACUUGGCCAUAAUCAUUGCAUGUGUGAGACUCCAGCGAUGUCAGCUGGAUGCCGGAUUUGUGAUUUGUCAUGCCAAAAGCACAUGGCUUCCUGUGACAAUCACAGACUGCACGAGAUAAUCAAACAGUCUGGAACUAACUCUUUAACAGAAAACCAUUAACAGCUUACACUGUUACCCCAUAAAGUUACCCAUUUUCACAUUAAGACACAACUGUGCUGGAUUUUUGAAAAUGUAACUGUUUUUUAAUUAAAAUUUAAAAUGUUCAUGAACUUCAUUACAUGGUAGUUAGGGUUUUCUUAAUUUAGUAAAAUUUUCAUCUUUCAUAUACAAAACCUGUUUUUUUUUUUUUUUUGUGUGUGUGUGUGUGUCGCCGUAUUAGUCCAGUAGACAAGAUGCCAACCAAAAUAAGAUUAUUGCAGUAGUCUUUUAUUGGACUAACAUAAUAUUUCAAAGACAAGCUUUCAAGAGUCUCCUCUCUUCCUCAGUAUUGCUUCAGACCUGAGGAAGAGAGGAAAACUCUCGAAAGCUUGUCUUUGAAAUAUUGUGUUAGUCCAGUAAAAAGGUAUCAUUGCAUACUGCAAUACUCUGGUAUGUUGGAGAUGUGUGUAUAUGUAUAUAUUGUUCAUUUGGGUAGAUUGUUUUGUUUUUAUUUUCUUGAACUACCACAAGGAAACCCCAAUUUUAUUUUCCAAAACUUUCUAGGGAACCUGAAUUGACUUUCUUCAGGUCCAGUUAAUUAUUUUUGUUUAAUGAUGGUAAAACUUUAAUUUUGAUAUGUAUUAGAUUUAUUUUUUUUCACUUGGGCUUCACAAACUUUGUACCUGGAGUCACUGGGUUAAGAAAUUGAGUUUGGAGAUUAAUUGCAAUCUAAAGUCCUUUAAGAGAUCCCUCUCUACAUACCUCAAAACAGAAUGCAUGUGUCAUGGUUGAUUAUAUAUUUCCUACCUGUUCUAUGUUACAUUUUGUAUAUAUUGUGUAUUAUUAUUUUUGUAUUUUAUUGUACCCUUUUGUAUCAAUGCAAUAUUUUGUGGACCCAGGACAUACUUGAAUACGAGAGAAAUCUCAAUGUAUCUUUCCUGGUAAAAUAUUUAAUGAAUAAAUUUGCAACAUGGGUUGAUUUUACUUACCGACUGCAUUGCAACAAAUUGUUUUGCAAGUGUCCCAGUGUCCACUAGAUGGUGCUGUGAAAUCUUUAAUAUGCAAGUACACCAGUCUUGGUGAAGUAAUGAAUAGGCUGUACUUUGGGUCUAAUAUAGAGUGUUUAUUUAUUUUACUUGUCUAGUUUCAGUUGUGUGCUGUUGAAAGGUGGUCCGUAAGAAAUAAUGGCUAGCAUUUUUAUCUUGUGUCCAGUUCAGCAAAUUUACUUUUGGUACUUUUGGGGACUUCUAGGGGAACACUUGCAGAGUUGCCCCUGCCCCAAUUUAUUUAUAAACAAAACAAAACAAAAAAACACAUCUCAUUCCAGCGCUGAGACCUUGCUGGAGGACAGAGAGGGUGGUCAUCGGGUAGAACAUGGUUUGCAUGGAGGGGGGGAGGUGUGUUCUUGUUGGCCGUCUGUCGCCUGCAUGCAUUGCGUCACAGGGUCAGAUUUUAGAUUUUCAAAGGAUUUAUAUUAGUGACCCAGAACUCUCUUGUUUCUGCCUGGCCAAUGAUGUGGCCAGAGGUAGUGUUACACCUCCGGCAACAGAGGGGUUAACUCUGUAUGUGCAGAGUUUCAUAAUGAAAUGCUGCACAUAUAGACUAAAGGCACCGUGACCACUUCAAAUCAGUAAAGUGAUCGUGGUACUUGCAGUAAUCAUUAAAGUGAUUAUGGAAAUGAACAUAUUGUGGCAGUCUAACUUUUAUCUUCUUGCUGAGGACUAUAUUCCUAAAGAUUCUUCUCAGACUGCUAACUUGGAGAAAGGUUGCUGCCAAAAUUAGGUUCCUGGUUUCCUUUAGUUUUCCCAUUGAAGAGAUUUGGACAAGCCUCCAUUACAGAACGUGAUCUAAAGACUGGAGAACUGCCAUAUCUUGAAACUAUAAUUACAGCUACAUUUUAUACAGCUUGGCUAGUUGAACAUAAUGGAAAUCUCCUGGGAAUAUGGUUUUCAAUUGAUUAAUCUUGAGUCAUCUUCAAAUGCAGGGUGUAAUUUCACAAAGAUUAGAUUUGAAUUUCAAGUACCAGCUACAGAGGCAUUCCUGGAAAAUAGCAACUUGCGUACAGUAAGGGAUUUUUUUUUCUAAAACCAUUCUUAAAAACCUUAAUGGCUGUGAAACCUCUAAUUAAUAGAGAUAAGUAGAACUGUGAAAUUGCUAUGGAGUUCAGCUGAGGUCAUAUAACACUUGCUAUUGUGUAAAAGAAUGAGUUGGGAAACAAAUAUUUGUGCACAGUUUACUGUGGACAAAAGUCUGAGCUACUGAGACGAGGCCCUAUAAUUUAAUAAUGGAAUUCUAUUUUAAUAUAGAGUACAGCAGUAAAAACAGUAUUUUGAAAUAAUUGCCAUGCUGCUUAGUUAUGUAGCAUACCUGGCACCAUUCGAGAUGUGAAACCGUUCCUUAUUGAGUGUCAGCCAGCCACUCUGAAACUGCUCAGUCUGCGUGCCGGGCAGUAGUUAACGUCCAUAUUGUGUUGGAUGAUUGAGGCUCAUGUGUAGUUGUGAUUUUGCUCCAAAUGUUUUCUCCUCUGGUGUCCCAUCCUUAAAUGGUAAAAUUGAUCGUGUGUCCCAGUUUGGGACAGUUAUGUUUAAAGCUUCUGCUUGGUAUAGGCCUUUUGUGGUGCCAAGUAGUCAUCCAUUAGUUUGGAAACUAUUAAAGGAUUACCUUUUAACUCAGGGUUGUGCUGGACAGUUUGAUUUUCUUGAAUUUGUUAUUGGCUGUGGGAGUAGCCAGUGUGCCUGUGCACCCUGGGUGAGACCGUAUCCUCAAUUCUUUGCAUCAUUGAAUUGUUCUAACAAGUGAUGUGUGAUUCUACAUUCUGUAUUCACUGUUCCUAUUCUACUAGUUUAACUGAGCAUUUUUGCUUUAAUCAUUCUCUUUAUUUGUAACCAUUGAUGUGGAUAUUUUACUUGAUAUAUUAACAUGUAUUUGAAAUGUAUUCAGUAAGUUAAAACGUAUUUACUUUUUUUUUUUAUAACCACUUACCAUUUUUUAUUCUUUGUAGGGUUUGUUGGUGACCUCGAAACCGGAGAAUGCAUGUGAGCCAAUAUCUCCUCCUCCUAUUCAAAAAGACAAUACAUCCAGCUUAUACAUUGUACUUAUCAGAAGACUGGACUGUAACUUUGACUUAAAGGUAUGAAAUGAUCCAGUUCUAUAAGAAAGAGAGUUCACUUUAUAGAACGUGUACUUAGAAGUUAUUCUAGAGUCCUAUUGAUGUAGAUGCUAUGACAUAAAGCACCACAUUUCUAAAUGGUGACUAAGUUGUGCUUGGAUCGUCUUUCUGAAUAAAAAGGCUAGAUAUCUAGUUUGUUUAACAUUAAAUGGAUGCCAUGAGCACCAUAUAAACAUUUCUCUGCCAUUUAGGAGUUAAAUCACUUUGUUUAUGCAGCUCUGUUCACUUGCAUGUAAACUAUACAGAGAAAUCUAAUGUUUAUACUUCCUUUUUAAAUUAGAAUUUAUCUCCUUGUCUGUUAAUAGCCUCCUGUGCAUCUUCAAAGUUCAUUUAACAGUGCAGGAGAGUAAAACCCUCUAAAGUGAACACACUGUGCUGUCACAUCUGACUAAAAAUGGAAAAAAAUGUUUGUAUGUAGGCUGUGUGAAUCAGUCACUGAAGGUGUGGCUAGGGCUGAAUAAACAGAAACAAAAGUGAUGUAACUCCUAAAUGGCAGGGGAUUGAGCAGUGAGACUGUGGGGCAUGAUCUAAGCACACAAACUCUUAAGUUUAGAAGUCUGUUAACAGGACACUGAGAUAUGAUGUUCAUUAUCUGCUUUUUCUGCUUUCUACCUUGGAAAGCUUAAAGGCAAACCAGAACUCUGUUGUGAUUACACCAUGUACAGUUGUGUAAAGGAGCACUGUAGGGUUUGUGGGAAGAAUGGAAAGGUUAGGCUUAGGAAGUAAAAUUAAAUAGUGUUCUUUAAAAAUAACACCCGGCAUAACAAACUGGUACCUAACCUACAAAUUGCUCAUGAGGUGUUUGGGGUGUUAUUGUAUCAGAACUUCAGGUUUGUUUGUAUAAAAUCUAACAAUUUAAAAUUGUGGAUAUUUGCAGAGUUGAGCAUGGGAGUCUUCUGGACUGUGAUCUGAGAUGGAGCUGAGCACCACAAAAAACAAUUGUUACUGCUUAGUGUAGAAUGUAAAAUCGUAUCAUUGCUAAGAAUUUAUAGUUGGGCAGUGUACAAGGGAAGAAAUUUCAUGAUCACUUUUAAUGCUCACUCAUCCCUUGAGUUGCCUGUCCUGUCUGUCAGUAUGUUUCUAUGUUUGCUACUGUUUGUUUUUUUGUUUGUUUUUGUUUUCAGAAUAUUGACAGUACAUGUAUGAUGAAUAGUUUAGUAUUUCUUUUUCUUUAUUUGGCAUAAAUUGAUUUAAUUGGUUUGCUUGUAGUCAUUGACACAAUGUAAGUAUGUUAAAGAUAUCCAGUUAACACACAACUGAUCUGACCUCCUUAACAAACAGGACAAUCUAGUCACAUUCAUGUGCAAGCAAGGGAUUAAUGCUAAACUUUCAGUUGUGACAUAAAAAGGUCUUCUGUCAGUUAUUGUCGUGCAGUAGCUUAUGAAACCUGUUACCAGAUGACACUAGCUACAUAUGAAUGAAUGAUUACUGUUAAAUCCUUGUCCUCUCAAUAAACAUCUGAGGAUUUCAGACUGUCGGCUUAAACUUUUGUUCAUGUUUCUCGAACAUAAAUGGUUAAAUGUAAGAACUCAAUUUGACUGGAGCCUGCGUGCCAGACAACAGGCCUUUUUAGGUAAUCACAUUCAUGCUGCUUAAUGUAAGAUUCCAUUGUUUGAAUUCAGAUAUUUCUUCUUAAAGGCUUGUGUGGAAAAGCUUACAGCCUAUGGGACUUGGAGAAUUACUGAGCAGUUCAUAUGACAUUGUAUACUCUUGUUGGAGCAGAUUGUGGGUUAUAGACGAACUAUUGCAUAUUUUACAUAAUUCCUCAUUCUGCACAGAUUCACUCACACAAUUUUAAAGUCCUAAAUUAGUAAUCUGCUGUCUUGGAAUACAAAUGUCCAAAACAUACAGGGUUUAAUUUUUGUUUUGAAUAUUUUUAUUGUUUUCACAAUAUAAUCGCAUAUGUCAAACUGAUUUGUGAUAAAGCAGGUAUAUGCCCGCGCAGGGGCUUAAGCGUCAACAUGUAAUAAUGUAAGCAUUGUGUCGCCUACGCAGAGGCGGUUUUGGUAUUGCCUUUGUUUUGAAUAUGUUGAUUGGUUCAUAACAUAAAUUCCAUUGCAAACGUAUAUGUGGUUAAGUGGUUAACCGCCUUCGCAGAGGCGUUGGUUUCGGUGCAUGAAUAAUUCAAAGUAGCCAUGUCCUGACAGAAUGUGGGGGUACUUAUGUUCUGCAGGAUUAGAUUUUUCAUUUUCGUUUAACAGGUUUGGUGUUGCCGUGUGUUAGUGUUAUUGGCAUAUGUGUAUAGCUGUGUUAGUGUCGAUUAGUGGCUCAUGGCUUGCUAACAUGCAUCUUGGUGUGUUGAUACGCUGAAGGAAGUGGUGGGGUAUGUUCGUGUAAUUAUCUUGCGUUGCCUGGUUCGUGUAGUUUCUAUGUGUUUGUGGGAUUAUUUUGAGUAUUUGUAGUGCUGUCAUAGCACCCGUGUGGGUAGCAUCUUCGUAGGUGGUGGGGCAGAGGAUGCCCACGCAGAGGCGUCAGGUUGCAUUUCAUACAUUUGAUGGCAUUCCGACGCCUUACAAUGAGGCUGGAUGGUCCUUGCGUGUACCAUACCGCAGAAAUAUUCACAAUUUGUUACUCGCAUUUUACAUCUGUAUGGCUUGCAGUGUUGCUAUAUUACCGCUGCGCCUGCGUACAUUGUUGUGAGUGUUUCUGCCUAAUCUUAUUCUAUCUGUUCUGGUGUCUGUGCUUGUUUGCUCCCUGUGUGUCUGGGUAUCUGUUGCUUUAUGCAGUUUGGUGUUUCCUGGUCGUGUGUGUCUAGGUGUGCCCUGCGUUUGUCUCCGUUCGUGUUCUAAUGGGUCGUCCCCUUUAUGUCUGGUUUUAAGGGCUUCAGUUGGGUGUGUGUCCGUGGCGUGGCCUACUCUUGGUUCCGUGUCUCCUAUGUGUGUUUUUCCUUUCUGUGUUGUCUGCGGUGUUGUCCCCCACUGCGUCUUGACUGUCCAUGGGUCUGUUGAGGGUUGAGUGUCUCGUGGCUCUAGGUAGGGUCGCUUCAUUCUGGUGUUGUUGUCGGUCAGUCUCGCUAUGAGGAGGUGUCUUGGUAAGGCCUUUAGGUUUCAUUUUGCUACUGUGUCUGUCUGUCGAGGUAUGUUUCUGGGUGUAACUGGUGAUUGACAUGGGGGGGGAGAGGGUGUUGGGGGGGAUGCGUGUGUCCGUCCCCUGCCGCCGCCGUUGUCCGCCCCCCUUCUCUGCCUCCCGCCCCGACCCCUUCCUUAGCCCCCUCCGUCUCAUCAUUCUUGGUUACCGUGUGGCCAGGCGGCGUUGGAAGUCGUUUGAUGCGGUUAAUCGUAUCCAGUGGAACCAGCGUGUGGUAUAUCGGUCUCGAAGUUUCGGAGUGUUUGCCUUUAGGUCUUCAAAUUUCCUAGUGGUUUCCACUUCCUCUAGCCAUCGUGUUAUCGGGGGGGUGUUCGCCUGCUUCCAGUAGAUGGGGAUGACUGUUUUGGCUGCGUUCAGCAACCGCGGUAUCACUGAUCUGGUGUAUGGCUGCGCGGUCAUGUUGGUGUGGUGGAGGAGAAAGGCGGCCGGGGACCCCGGGAGUGUCUCGUCCGUUGCUUCGUGUAUUAUAUCCCCAAUUGUGUCCCAGAAGGGCCGGAUUCGUGCACAUGCCCACCAGAUAUGUAUAAACGUGCCUGUUUCCUCUCCGCAUCUCCAGCAUGUGUCUGGUAUAUCUGGGUUUCUGACGUGGAGUGCUGUCGGCGUCAGAUACCAUCUGGUGAAUAUCUUGUAGGAGUUUUCUUGCAGGCGUGCAGAGCUGGGUUUUUUUUGUAUGAGAGUGAUGCAUUUGUCCCAGUCUGUUUCCGACAUGGUCUCAUCUAGGUCGUCUUCCCAGUUUCUUAUGCAGGGCGGUGCCAAUAAAUACCUACAAGUGAUCAAUAUCGUGUAUAUCUGUGAGAUAGCUCUGGGUGUUUCCGUGGUCUGUGUGCACAGGUUCUCAAAUUGGGUAGUUUCCCUAAGUAGGGAUGGUUUUUGCGGGAUGGAUCGAGCAUAUUGGGAGAUUUGCGCUCUCGCUAGUGUGUGUGAGAAAGUGUGUGGUCUGUCCGGGAAGAGUUCUGCUAACGGCCGUAUGUCGAACGGGCGUACCAGGACGUCUGUCAUGCGAGGAAUUGUUGGGUGUCCUGCUGGGCCCGGUGUGGGGCCAAGGUCUCCUGCUGGGAAGUCCGGGUUGCCCCUUAGUGGCAGCAGCGGGCCUGGAUCCGUCGUCAGGUAGUAUUUUGUGCCCUGCCUGUGCCAGAUCCGCAUGGUUGCCGCCACAAAGGGGUUUGUGAUGCGUUUGCGCCUGUACGCCGCCGCGGAUAUCCAAGGCAGUGUCCGGAGGUCGCAGUUGGUGGUGUCGGAUUCCAGUUGGGUCCAUGGUUUUGUGCCACUGGCUACCGUCCAGCUUAUGACUCGUGUAAGAUGUGCUGCGUGAUAGUAGCGUUCGAAGUCGGGAAGCGCUAGACCUCCUCGGAGUUUGGGUAAAAUGAGCUGGGUGUAUGCUAUGCGCGGGGGUCUGCCCUUCCAUAUAAACGUGCGGACCUCUGCCUUCAAUGUCUUGAAGAAUGUUUGUGGGGCUUGUAUCGGUACUGUUUGAAACACGAAGAGCAAUUUGGGUAGCAGUGUCAUCUUGACCGCAUUUAUCCUCCCUAGCCAUGAGAUGUAGUAUGGGCUCCAUCUAUGCAGUUCCUCCGUCACUUUUUUUAAAAUGGGGAGGUAGUUUUGGGUGUACAGGUCCGCCGGAUUGGGUGUAAGCCAAACCCCCAGGUAUCGCAUGCGUUGGUCGCACCAACGGUACGGGUAGCGUCUCUGCAGUGUGUGUCUGUCCGUGUGUUUGACGGUCAAAUUCAGUAUCUCUGAUUUUGAAUAAUUAAUUUGUAGGUUUGAGAUUCGUCCGUAUUCCUCAAAUUCUGUCUGUAUCGCUGGUAGGGACAUUUCUGGGUUCGUGACCACGAACAGCAUAUCAUCUGCGUAUGCUAGCGUUUUGUGAUGUGUGUUUCCGAUGGUAAGCCCCUGGACGGCGUCAUUGUGCCUGAUCCUGUUGAGGAACGGCUCCAGCGUCAGUGCAAAUAAUAGUGGUGAUAGUGGACAGCCUUGUCUAGUCCCGUUGUGUAUCUGCAAUGGGUCCGUUAGUGCACCGUUGAUCCUGAUUCGUGCCGUCGGGUCUGUGUAUAGCGCCCUCACCCAUAUGCCGUAUCUCGGUCCCACUCCCACGGUGUGGAGGGUUUCCAUCAUCAUGUCCCAGUCCACCCGGUCAAAUGCCUUCUCCGCAUCUGUAGAUAAGAGAAGGGUUUGGUUCUGUUGGGUUCUGACGUGCGCUAUGAUGUUCAGGGCUCUGAUAGUGUUGUCCCUUACCUCCCUGCCUGGGAUGAAUCCUGUUUGAUCCGGAUGUAUUGUGGCCGGUAGCAAUGGUGCUAGUCGUAGUGCCAGUAUGCUGGCCAGCAGCUUGAUGUCGGUGUUCAGUACUGAUAUUGGGCGGUAGCUUGAGCAUAGUGUUGGGUCCUUUCCUUCCUUUGGGAGUAGGGUGAUGUUCGCCGAGGUAAAUUGCGCGGUUGGUGUGGCUCCCUCUUGUAUGGAGUUCAGGGCUUUCAGUAGGUGCGGCACGACCUCUUGUGUAAAAACUUUGUAGUACCGUCUUGUGUGCUUCCCAGCAUGUUAGUGGCGUUACGUCUUCUGUCUCAUUGGUUUGGAAGUAUUCUCGUAUGGAGUUACUAAUCUUGUCUGUCACUACCACGUCCGAGAGGAUCGAUUCGUUUAGUCUCCAUGACAUCUGCCGGGGCCUGUAUAGCGGCGAUUUCAGCCGCAUUCGAAUCGGGCAGUGGUCCGACCAGGUCAUUGGCAGGAUCUCCGCGGCGUUUAGUAGGUUCAGAUUAUGGUGUGUCAUUAGAAAAUAAUCCAGUCUUGUGUAUGUUAAGUGUGCCGAUGAGUAGAAGGUGAAGUCCCUGGCGGUUGGAUGCAAUGCUCGCCAGCAGUCUGCCAGCUGGUGUUGGUGUAGGAGGCGGAGUGUUUUCGCAUGUCUGUUUUGCGGUGUUGCUCCUUGUGGGGACGUGGCGUCCUGAUCCGGGUGUAGUGCCAGGUUUAGGUCUCCUCCGAUGAUCAGGGUGCCUUCCGUAAACUUCAUCAGGGAAGCCACAGUGCUCCGGAGGAAGUGGUAUUGUUUCGUGUUUGGGGCAUAGAUGUUGGCGAAUGUGUAGGUUUGAUCUGAGAUAGUGCCUUUAGUGAAAAUAUAUCUGCCUUGUUUGCAUCUAAGGGUGGCUUGUUCUAUGUACGGGAUUCUGCUGGAGAAUAGUAUGCAUACUCCCUGCGUUCGUCUAUCUGGGUUGUUACUGAAGUACCCCGUUCGAAAGUUUCGGUCCUUCAGUGCCGGGGCCCUGUUCUCCUGAAAGUGCGUUUCUUGGAUGAACGCUAUCGACGUCCUGUAUUGUUUCAGGUCCCUCAGGAGUCUUGUGCGUUUUUCUCUAACAUUGAGGCCCUUUACAUUGUAGGAGAUUAUAUUUAAGUCCUCCCUGGUGAACACGCUGGGGACCGGGGCCGGCAUCAUCCGGGCGGCCGCAGGGGACGGACGGACAGCAGGGAGGGGGAGGAGGGGGUGUAGGUGUGUCUGUGGUAUGCACGUAUGUGGUUUGUGAUGUUUGUGAUGGUGUUCUAGGUUUGGCUGGGGUGUGGGUGGGCCCUUCGUGGGUCCGCUUUAUCUGUUGGGUUUCUGUGGUCUGUCCAGUAGUGGACAAGUGUCCCGGUGAGUUGACCAGUGUGCCUAACCGACUGGUGGGCACUGGUCGUUUCCGGGAGUUGUACGCCCCCUAUAUAUCGGGGGUUUCUGUGUCCUAUACCUUUGGGGGGGUCGGGCAACUUGUCCGUGAUGGACUGGUUCGUCUCGUGUCUUGAGAACUAGGUCUUACUGUUUGUGGAUUUUGGUCCUUCGUCUCUUAGGUGGCUGUGUGGCUGAAGCUCAGUCCGCUUUGUGUUUCGUUCUGUAUGGGGUUUGAGGCCAUGGGCGUGUGGUGUGCUGGGCUGUGUACAUGUCGCCGUUGUCGCUAUCUUGCGUCUACUCCGUGUGUGAUUCGCAUUGCCGUGAGCGCGUGGUGUCCGGUGGGGUGGUGUCUCGUGAGCCGUUUAGAGUAAGGUCGGUCUAGGCUGGGUCAGCUGCGCAGGGACCUUUCGCUGUGCGCUCGCCUGUUGGGCAUUAUUUAUUUAAUCGAGGGCAGUAGGGGGGGGUUUAGCGUUGCAUCCAACGCCGCACGCGGGCCGCUUGGUUGCUAUGGUGCUUCUCGCUGUGACGUCUACACCUCUGUGCUGAAUACGCUGUCGUGCCUGUCUCUCUUUACACGUGUUGUGUCCUAUGUUAGCUCUAUUGUGGGUCAUCGCAUUUGUGACAAAGUUUUGGUACGUUAGGCUGGGAGCCGGAUUUACCGUGCUCCACAGUAUACCGUGGUGCGAUUCAGUUGUACAGGGAUAAAACAUUUUUUAUUUUUUAUUUUUUAUUUUUUGUCUAGAGCUAACACACUUGAAAACUUUACAUCAGAUUGCAAUGAUACAUAAGAUGUCCGUGUGCGAGACCUGAUGUGGCCCCCAGCUCGCCAUUCCCUUCCCAGUUACCCGUCACCUGGUCAUAUAUGUUAUGUGGCCUAAGUUCUAUGGGUGGAUGUCUGGCCACGUCUCUGUUUGCCAAUAGGGGUGUCUGCUCCCGUUGCAUAUCCUGUGUCGCUGCGUCUGAGUUUCGGUCGGCCGUCUUGCCCCUUUGUUUUGGUUUUUAUUUUUUUAUUUUUUGUGUUUUCCCCCCUCCCUCCCCUCUCCUAUCCUCCCCUUCCCCCUCUCCCCCAUCCCCUAUACCGUCCUGUCUCCCUUGCGUGUAUCCUGUCAGUCCUCGCGCUUCCUCCCUCCCCUCCCCUCAGCCUCCAAACCUCUUCUUGGUCCUGUCUCAUUGGUAGCUCCUGUCUCGUCUCCCUCCCCCUACCCCUCUGUUACCCUCCCCGCUUUCCUAUCUCUCCAUCUCCCCCCCCCCUUGGGUCCAUAGAUUAUAUAUUAAAAUAUUUUGCAAUGUCUUAAGCGUCUUUCUUAUUUGCACCUCCUGGUGCGGGUCUGCGAAGGUGGCGGCUGGUGUGCCCGUGUGCCUCUUUCGUUGUCGGUUUUUGCAAAUCCCCCUAUCCCCCUCCCCAAAAUGUCUUGGCUCCCCCCCAUGCAUGGUAUGUUUGGUGGAAUGAGGCCCUCCUGGGGCUUGUCCUCUUGGGGUACAGUUACCCGUGUUGCAUGGUAGAGGUGGCAGUAAAUAAAGACUUCCCCCCUCCCCUGUAUUCCUUUGGUCCCCGUUCCCCUCCCCAAUGCUUGCCGACCUGUGUGAUGUGUAUGGGUGUGCCCCUUCGGUUGUUACUCACGGUUCGUUCAUGCUUUUCGUUGGUGCCUGAGUCCCCUUCCCCGUCCCCCGGCUUCGCUGCGUGAAGCUUGGUUAUUGCUCCCUCCUUGCUGGGCCCGGGUUCCGGUCCCGUUGCCGCUGUUGCUGUGGUCUUUGCGGGCCUGCGUUGGGUCUGCGUGGAAAUUGAGGUCCUGGUACUUGUUGGAGGAACGAUCUUGCCAACCAAUCUGGGACCUGUUGUGGUGGGAGGCCUAGACUACGUAGGAAUCCCGGGACGUCUCCCGGCUUUCUGACUAUGAGUUGGUCUUGUCCGUGCCUUGCAGAGAGCAAGAACGGAUAGCCCCAGCGGUAUUGGAUGCCUGCCUGUUGUAGGGCUGAUGUCACCGGGCGCAGGGCUCUCCUGGCUUGCAGGGUGUAUCUGGAUAAAUCUUGGUAGACGGAGAUAGUCUGGCCUUCCAUGCGGACGGCCCCCAUGCGGCGGGCUGUGCGUAGUAUUUCUUCCUUAAGGUGAUAGUUGUCGAGGCAGCAUAUGAUGUCCCUGGGCUGUUCUUCUGGCGCAGGUAGGGGUCUUAGUGCCCUAUGUGCGCGGACCAGGCCAAUUCUGGGUACUUGUUGGCCCCCCAGUAUGUGGGUGAAAAUUUGCCGAAGCACUUCUGGCACGUUCUCUGAGGGGCCCCCUUCUCUCACCCCGCGGACCCGCAGGUUCAGUCUGCGGCCACGGUUAUCCAAAUCGUCAACCCACGUGGUGAGGUAUGCUAUAUCUGCCUCUUGGGUCAUAACUGCUGUGUUGGUUUGCUCUAAGUCUGUUCUCAGUGCCCUGGUCUCGGUUUCUGCCACCGCCAUGCGGGCCUCCACAUUCGCCAUGUCGGCGCGCAGCUGGGCCACUUCCUCGCGUACCACCCGCCCAGGGCGGUCUGAGAGUGCCUCAAAAUCUGACUUGGUAAGUAGGUUGGGUAUGAUAUCCCUCCACUCACCAUCUUGCUGCUGCUGCUGUGACUCUGACAGUGUUGGGGAGAACCUGGCUGGUGUGGAUGGGAGUGAUUCUAUGAUCUGGCUUGCGGCCUCCAUCUCCCGUUGCGGUGUCCGCGCCCAGGGCGUCGCCUGCAGGUAUGACCGGAUCGUUUGAUCUCCCCCGUGUCCCGGGGGUCUAGGGGUGCUGCCAGGGUCUGUCUGCCUCUUUGUGCGGCCCAUCUGCGGUGUGUGGGUGUGCUGGGACGGCUUGUGUGUAGCGGUUAUUGCGGGCGCCACGAGGAGCUCCGGGUUUAAGCCGCCAUCUUCUUCGGCUGCCGGACACGCCCCAGGGUUUAAUUUUUGACAUUUAUUACAUCUCCUGUUAUUCUUCCAUGAGAAGUAUAACUUUUCUAACAUAAAAUGGGAACCCAUGGGUUUUUGAAUAUUCUAUUUACUUAUUAACUAUAUUUAACAAAAAUAUGCUUGCUUGUGAGCUCUGAAAGAUAAAAACUAAAGGGAAUACAAUUGACCACCUACUUUGUAAUGUAAUGCAUUGCAUACAUAAAUCAAUAAACAUUGCACAAAAAUAGUAAAUAUAAACAAAACUCUGCUUUAAAAAUUUCCCAUUGAUUCGCUAUUUAGUGGGUCUGCUAGCAGUUGCACAACAGGAAGACACAUCAAAUCAGGGGCAUCUAUUUCUGGUGUUUUGGGUUUUAUUUUAACUUGUAAUCUCCUGUUGGGCAAGAGAUUAUGGGUUAAUAAGGAAUACCUCAAGCAAAAUUGGGAGUUGGGAAGUUGGGGCAUGAUAGUGACGGGGGGUUGGACCUUCCAAAAACGAGGCUUUUCAGCUUGAAUUUGUAGCCUACGUAGCCGGCCAUACCCGGCACUACGUAUUCUCAGAUUGUUUGUAAAGUGAUCUGAGCGUGGGCUACUUUGUGAUGCCAAUUUUAUUUGCAGUCAACUGUUCUGCAGGGUAUAGAUUAUGAAAGUGUGAUGGUAAUUUAACUGUACUUUGGGAUUAGCACCAAAUUGCUGGGCAGCAUGGAGUGUACUUUCUUCAUUUGGUAACAAAUUGGUUGACUUCAUGCAUUGUGAAGACAAAAUCUUUGGAUCAGUUACACAUGUUAAUGUUACAGUUUGACAGCCUCUUUGGUAGAGAAAUCCCUUGGAUGUCCACACACUCUCAUCCUCCUUUUGUACUGAUUUUAAACUCCCUUGAGAUCAAGUGGUUUCAGUUCAUUAAUCAUCUUCUCUUCUCACCCAGAGCAACUUUUCUUCAGUUUGUAUAACCUUUUCAAACUAGUCCUGUUUCUCGAACACACACCCCUUAUUGCAUCUUAAUUUAAAGCAAAAGUGCCAACAUUACCUUAUCCUUCUCUGACCCAAUCUUCCUACCCUCUCUUAUUUACCAGUCACCAAGAUCAUACUGGACAGUACAUGACCACUCUCGUCAACUGGUUAGUUGUUGCACAAAAUAGUUCCCCAAUUCAGGACUGGCCUUUAGGGAUUCCUUGCCUUUGUCCUGGGCAAGGAAAUCACUACGCUGUAUUAGACACCAGAAAGAGUUGCUGCAGAGCCAGCAUUAGCUUUACUGCUUUAAUCUUUCAUUUUUCUGACAUUCUUUUCCUUCCUCCGGGUGCUGUGAGUCAUGGUUUUGUGUGGGUAGGGAAUUAGAACCUUAAAGCUGGUUGUCAUUGGUUCUUAAUGGGUUCCAUAUAUAAUCUAUCACUAUGGUAAAUGAUGUUCUCAUUACUUAUGUGAAGGAAGUGCAGUUAAAGUAAGCCUGCACACUGGUGCAUUGUACUGUGUGAUGGGCAGCAGAACAUACAUUGCUGUGACUCAAAGCACCCUGAUUCAUGUAUGUUCCUCUUGACGUAUUGAAAUAUGUAUUCUUUUAAACUUACAGUUUAUGGGAUAAGCAUUGUUUCCAUUGAGAGCAAUCAAUGAUAAAAUCAGGAGUGGCUUUUAAAACGGCCCUUUCUUGGCUCUUGCAGAAACUGCAGAUAUGCAGCAAAUGAGAUCAGUACCUAUUAUCAUUUUUUUGUAUUUUGUAACAAGAAAGGAGCAAAAUAAUUAUAUUCUGGGAAGCUGAAAAUUGCAAAUGGGCUGCAUACGUGCUUCAGGCUGUGUACUGCUCACACAUGGGUCUGUGAAUUCUCAAACAAGUUGUUGCAAUACAGCAAAUCAAAUUGUGCGUCUUUACUUCUGUUACUUAAUAAGGUAUGGAAACCUGCUUCUGUUUAGGACUGUGUAAAUUCCAAACUAAGGGGUGUGGGUAUUUCCUUCUUCUAACUGGCUGUUAAGGUGCUGUAAUACCAUAAUUUGUGUCAGUGAACAAUCUCACAGUUCUUAGAGACACUCCGGACACCAAUACUAUUUUAAUGUAUUUGGUAGGUUUUGGCCUCACCAGUAUGCUGUAUUUUUUUGCAUACUCAAACCUUUAUAGUUUUGGCAUUAAAUAAUUGUUUUGGAGAAUGUUGCACCAUAAGCCAGCCUCUUUAGACACACAUACCUCACUCCAGAAAAAGACUAACUUUUCAAAUGUACGCACGCAGCUCCGCCACCGACAGUACUGAGUGAUCUGAACUACAAAGCAACCUGCAUUAGGAGAGGACACCCAAGAAAGCAUGCAGGUAGAAAACCUAUAAACAGCUAGUGAUAUCCUGACUGUCUGCAGCCAGGUUGUGAAUUAAAAAAUAAUAAACGCGCACUCUGUACUGUUGGGGCUGCAAAACAAUUAUAUUUUUAUUUAAUUUUUGUAUGCAAAAUCUAUAAAGAUUUUAGCAUGCAAAAAAUACAUCAUAUUAAUGAGGCCAAAAUCUAUCAACCACGUUGGUUGUACUGGUUCCCAGAGUGUUCUUUUAAAUGAAAGGAGCUAUGCAAACUUACAGCUGUACUAUAUAGAGCUCUGCAAAACAAAACCAUGGAGUCCAGUUGCAUGUACUAAAUGAUAAAAGAAAAAAAUACAAAUUGCUACAGUCUUUCAGGGUAAAUUAGACUACAAUUUAUGGCUUGUAUAUGGCUUGUUAGACUGGAGAACAAAGUGUUAUAAAGUGAGAUGAUUGGAAAAUGGCAGGGAGAAGAAUAAAUAAAAUAAAAAAGGGACAAAUGGGGUUAUCCUGGGACUAAUACUUAGAAUUACAGUAAGUCAAUGUACAAAACACCGGCAAGGUGUGUUUUACAAAUAUCAAUGAUAUAGGACAGGGGUAGGCAACCUUUCAGCAGCACUAUGCAGAAAUAGGAUUGUGAUGUCCCGUAGCGUGUUGGGGAUAUAUAUAUGUGAUGUCACAUGGGGGUGGCAAAUACAGCUGUUCCCCAUGCAGCCACCGGUGGUGCUGUGCUGGGAGAAUGUGAUUACUCUUCACUUCCUCCCAGCCUACAGAGCAGUGCAUGGGAGAGAGAGAGGAGGAGGCAUGAUUUAAUCUUACAACAAAUCCAGUAAGCAAAUCUUUAUAAAUUUGGGGGGAUCAGCUCUGUUUCCACAGUUUAUUGGUGUUUACUCUGAUGUCUGUAUUAAUAUUGAGGGAUUUCUAAGUAGUAACAUCAGUGUGUGUCAGCAGGGCCAGCCGUUGGGGUGUGCACGCUGUGCGGUCACGCAGGGUGCCAUGACAACAGAGGCGCCCGGCGGCCAACACAGCUCACAAGUUGGGGACACCAGCAUAUUCAAUUUAAACGAUUCGCUGGUGGUCCACUGGUGCGCACCAGCAGUAGGUGCAGUCAGAUUAUAGCCUCUCCCUCAUGGUUCCGGCGCUCAGUUAGUGAGUCAGAGCACAGGCUCAGAGAUUCUCAGCCUGCACUCUGACAACAUUGAAAGUGGGUAUGGCAAAGAGCUACUCAUUAGCAUAACAUCAAUAUCCGUUAUAAAACCAGGAAAAGGUGGGCACCAUUGCACUGAUUUGGUGGUGCAAUGGGCCACUUGACUGGUUUUGCCCCCCAGGCCUAAGGCUGCCAGCCCUCCCCUGGUGUGGGCUGUUUAUAUUAUUUGUAUGAGGGGAGGGUUAUUCUGCAUUCCUCUGUAGAUCUAGCAGUGUGAGGCUUCCCUGGAUUCCAGUGGAUCAGGCUGGCCAGGUACAGGUCAAGAACAGGAGCUGCAACUGCAGCUGUGGGCUGCUCUACUUACAGUGUGGAUUCCCAUUCACAAGUGCUGGAAAGAAGUGAUCUGAGAUCACUUCCCCAAUGUGCUGCAAUGCAUAAAUUGAGGAUUGUCCUUCACCACCUUUUCGUAUUAGCAGAUACCUGAAGUUUCACUGGGACUCCUGAUAGGCCAGAGCCCGUUUGGCUCUAGCAGUCUUGAUUGCCAUGCAAAGAUACCUUGAGUGCCGUGCAUGGCACACGUGCCAUAGGUUGCCUACCCCUGAUCUAGGAGGACAGCUGGGUAUAAACUGCCUCGAAAUUGAACAUUAUGACACUGCUUUAAGCCAUCCAAACUGUAUGGAACUAGUGCUGAUGCCAUGGAAUGCGGCAGAACCGGGGUGACAUUAGAACAUUCUAAAUCACAUUUUGCUUUAAAUGUAUUUUUGUUCUAUUUAAGAACUAGUCUACUAAUGUACCCACAUUAACCUGUUAUUUGACCUAUUUAAAUACUUCCUUACAUAAAGCUUUAGAAAUUUUGAAUAACUGUACAAAUUGAAAUUUUACGGUCUUAUUGUUUGACAUGUCAAUUUUGGAUAGGUGUGAGCAGUGGUUGGUAACGUGCUAAUCACCACCUGUUACAGCACCUUUGCAGUUGCUUCCAAGCAGUGGUCAGUUGUUCAUUAAAAUGGGCAGUCAAACGCAGGCAGGCACUCUAUAGGAGAAUGAGAAACCCCAUUGUAUUUGUAACAUGCAUCAAGCCGUUCAGAAAUAAGACGUCCACAACUAAUUUUCUAGGUGAUGCUUUGGGGAAAAGCCAUAGGUGUUCUUAAAGGAACACUCCAGUGCCAGGUCCCCUCUCCCUCCCACCCCCAUCUCAGGUUGCUGAAGGGUUUUAAACCCCAUCAGUGACUUACUGUAGCCCGCGCUGAUGUCCCUCUGUGCUGGUCCAGGGUCCGCCCACGCUCCUCCCCUGGUGACGUCAUCCGGAGGGGGAGACCGAUUGCGCAUAUGCGGCCGCCAGCGGGGCGCAUUAGAUCUCCCCAAUGCUUUCAAUGCUUCCCUGUGGGGAUUUUAGCGACGCUGGAGGUCCUCACAUAGCGUGAGGACGUCCAGCGACGCUAUAGCACAGAAAAUCUGUGCUAUGAACCAGGAAGUGCCCUCUGGUGGCUGUCUAGUAGACAGCCACUAGAGGAGGAGUUAACCCCGCAAGGUAAAUAUUGCAGUUUAUGAAAACUGCAAUAUUUACAGUUGCAGGGUUAAGGGUAGUGGGAGUUGGCACCCAGAUCACUCCAAUGGGCAGAAGUGGUCUGGGUGCCUGGAGUGUCCCUUUAACCUGGCAUCUCAGGGCAGACUAUGAUCCAACUCUGUGUAAGAUCAGUUUAAAAGGGCCCAAACACCAUGUCAUGAAUCUGAGGUUUGGAUAUGUAAUUACUGGCUGUCAGGAACAAGAUUUGAUGAGAAUCUCUGUCAAGUGCAAUAUAAAGGCAAUCUCUAAAUAAGCAAGUAAUUGCAAAUCCUUUAAUUUUCAUGCCGAUGGCUCAAUUUUUUUGACCAUCUGACAGUCUCACCCUUCCACCCCCUUAUAAGAACAUACAUAAUUUGAUGCAGUAAUGCAGGCUAAUGAAUGGUUAAUUCUCCUCUGUGAAUGAUGGAAGUGUGUCCUUUCACACUUUUGUAUAUUAGUAGGGCUGUGUAUUUUUCACAGCACACUUGUUUUUGUCUCUUCAUACAUAUCAAGCUGCUUUGGAAAGUUUAUCUCUAGAGAUGUAAGAUUAUAACUUCUCCAGAGAUGUUCCACUUCCGUGAAGCAAUUUGUUGAUCUGUAUUGCAUCACAUGAGGUUGGUUGCAAUGACCCUAAUUCUCUAUUAGUGGAAACCUGUAUAGCCUUAUCCUUCUUUGACUUUGUUUUGUUGCUAGCCUAAAACAAAAGAUAAUUGUCAAGACUAAUACCAUUCUUUUUAUGUAAACAUUGUUGAUUUACAUUUUUAUGAAAUUAUUCAUUUAUAGGUUUUAGUUUUUAAAGGCUCCAAGCACUAAACCAAUAUAGUGGUUAUGGUGCCCUGGUGUCCUCCCUUGUAAGUAGUUAAACCAUUUCAGAACAGUUUGAGUUCUUACCUGGGGUGUGCAGUGUGCUGUUUCUUGCCUCCACUAUGAACGAUGGAAAGCUGGAAACUCCUAAGCAGGAGCUUCUGUAAGUUCUCUUCAGAUAAGUGCUGCAGUGCUGGGUUAGCUUAUUGGCUGAGUGUUUCUGAUCACUCUCAGUCAAUCAGUGAAGCCUUUCACAGUAAGGCUUCGGUUUGACAGAAGCUUCUGGCUUUUCAUUAUUAGUAGCGAAGGCCGGGAUUGGUGCCAGUCGGACCCAGGUAAGAAGGCAAACUCUUUGACUAUAAUGGGGGAACACUAGGGCACUCAUAACUACAGAAAGCUGUAGUGGUUAUGGUGCUUGGAGUGUUCCUUUAACCUGAAAUUUGUAGAGGGCAUCGGGUGCCCUAAGAGUUACCUGAAAAACUCUACUUGUAGAUUUUUUUAAAAAUUUUUUUUUUUUUUUUAGGAAGGGGGUUAUGUGCAGAUAUUGUGCAAAUAUAAUAUUUCCAAACCUGCUUUUGUCCACUGCAGGACUUGCUGAGCACAGCGCAGAAUUAUCCAUAAGGUGAUGCCUGGGCUCAGGGGCACUGGAACUAAACAUUCACUUGAAGGGGGGAGGUUAAACUGGUAACCUGCCUGGGGUCCUUUUGAAAUAUUAAUACAUCUUUGGCUGAGCACCAUAACUUCUAGAGCUCAAGGCAAUUAUCACUCAGAAGUAAUGGGAGUGUGAGUUUAGGGCUUAAUUUUGUGUGUUUGUUUAAAAGAUAUUGGGGGUUUUGCAGCUAGUAAGGCAUACUCCUUCUAAUCUCCUAAAUUAGAGUUUGCAGGAUCUGUACAUUAUUAGGUCAAUCUUUCUUUGUAGAGAAAAUGUUCACCUAGAACAGAACUUUAUAAAUGUUGUAAGAACCAGAGAAAACUGUCUCUCAAAGGUGCAUUGUAAGCACCAAAACCACUACACCUUAAAGGGCACCAUGACAAAUACAACUUAAUCUUAAAUUAUAGACAAUCAAAUUUCAUCUAGGCAUUGUGCUAGAAUUACUAGCUUAGAUUUAGAUUUCUCUAAAUUAAGAUGUUUUAAAUCAGCCCUUUUCCGCUCAUGUCAGUUCACCAUGAUCAGCACUGAGACAAUAAGUGCUCUGCUUGUCUAUUAUCAGGGAAAGCCUCUUCUGGGCAGCUCUCCUGCUUAAAUUCAUCCUAAAUGAGAGCAAUACCUGCAGGGGAAGUAGGGAGUAGGGGCAGGCUCUGUGUGAGUGCAGCAGCACAAAUGAGGAGAGAAAGAGCCAGAAUGAUGUAUUGCAGCAGCUUUGGACAGGCAGUCUGAGAAUGGAGAGAGAGAAAACAGAUAAAAUGUAUUUAACUCAAAGCCAACAAAGUGGUUGGGGACUUUUAACCGGUUAUGGGAAGAAUGGCCUUCCUAAACAGGGGAAUGCCGAAGAGGUGUGGCUUACAGCAAGUGUAACACUCGCCUAAAUCAUGAUUGUUUGGUCACUGCAGGAAACCGAGGUAAUGGGAAUAAAAUAUGUGCUUUUAAUAGUAUUAAGAGUAUCCCCCAUAAUCCUUACACCUAUAAUGCUGGCAAAGCAUCAUGGGAGGUGUAGUCUUAAACAUCUGGAGUGUCGAAGGUUGACUAGUGGCUUCUGAGCAGACACCCGCUAGAUGUGCUUCCUCCUUGAGUCAUUGAUAUUUGAAGUUCUUUGCAUUAAAAUGUCACAGUAUGAAGACAUUGAAUGCUGCUAAUGAGUGUCAUGAAGAUGCAUUGGAUUUAUUUUGAUUUGGGUGGGUUUAAACUCUUACCUGAUUGACCUCGGUGGUGGACUGAUCUCCUCCGAUGUCAGUGCAAUACGAAAACUUAACGAGCAUGAAUGGCGAGCUCUGCACGCGCAUUAGGCCUUCCACAUAGGAAAGCAUUAACUCAAGGCUAUCCUGAGGGUAUGGCAAAAUGUUGGAUAUCUUUAUGCGGAGUUAAACUGCGGGAAGUGCCACUAGAGUCAGUCUUAACCCUGCAAUGUAAAAUACAUUUUUAGAGAAAUGCCCGUGUUUUUUACAUUGUGGGGUCGGGGAUUAAGGGGACUAAGACACUAUGUCCAGACUGCUUCAAUGAGAUGAUAUGGACUGGGUGCCUUUUUAAUAUACCUUUUAAAGUUAACUUCUUGAAGGUGUGAUGGGUACUAGAGUAAAUCUUUUUUGCAGUCAGAGUAUGAUGAAGUGCAAUUGAGGUCUUUGGCCCAUUCCCUGGUGUAUGCUGGACUGGAGAGAUAAAGUCUUCUAAGAGUUUGUAAUUGUGAAUGGAAUGUUAUCUUGCCUCACAACUGACACUACAUCGUAACCUCAACACGGUAUCCCCGCAAGUGGUUACAUCCUAAAUCUCUAAAUGCUACUUUUGGAUCUUUAAAAACCUAACCUGCAAUAACAUUGUUUUUAUUUUAUUAUAAUAGGCCUGUUUUCAAAAAUAGAACAGAUCUCUGCUGGGUUUUUCUUUUUCUUUUUUUUUUCUUUUUUUCUUUUUUUUUUUUUUAACGCUGGAUAUGUUAAUCUAGGGCAUACCUUGCUUUUUCUAAAAUAAUCUUCAGAAUUUAGUAAUGGAGAGUAGAGUCCAUUUAUUAUGUGAUGUAUCUGCUUUUGUCUAGUAAUGUGAUUGCUUGACUAGGUGGUCCUGUUGCCACUCUACUACCUUUUUGGAAUUUCAGGAAUUCCUGUUCUGCACUAGCUCUGGUUUUCACAAUUUCCUGAAACCAUUUUAACUAUUUUCCUGACCAUUCCAUGUACAAAGCUGUGCAACAUGUGGUAGCUAUUAGAAAUAUUCUUAAACAUCUUAAAUGGGGAACCUCUUGAGAAGAAGCGAUAUAAGAGGUCAUCCUUGAUCAGAGAAUGCCGACAAUGUAUGGAUGGAGUUCUAUAAAUGUUUAAAUACAUUCUGCAGGACUUUGUACAUUGAGUAAAAGGAAAAGAACCUGGGUUAACUUACAAAGUUAAAAACUUGUAACAGGCAGGAUUGACCUAAAGAAUUCAGACCAUGAGAUAACCAAUAUGUGCAAAAGCUCUUCCAGACAUGACUUGCUUUUGUAACUUAAAGGGACACUAGCCACCAAUACUACUUUAGCAUCAUGACACAGUUUUAGUGUAUACAUCAUGCCUCUAAAGACUCACUGCUCAAUUUUCUGUCAUGUAGAAGUUAAAGCACUUUUUUCUUUAUGGUUAUGCAGCCCUGGCCACACCUCCCAUGGUUGUGAUUGACACAGCCUGCAUGGAAAAAUGAUUAAAUUUUCAUAUAGUAGCCUACUUUAAAAGUUCUCUCCUGCUCUGUAAUUUGAAUUUUAAUUGCAUACAUGAGGCUCCAGCAGGGACUAGAAAGCUAUUAACAGAGCAGGAGAUGAGAAAUUCUUAAACAGAAUUUGCAAUAAAGGAAGUGCAAACAUUAGAUUUCUCUUUACAGGAAGUGUUCAGGAAGGCUGCCCAAGUCACAUGCAGGGAGGUGUGACUAGGGCUGUAUAAAGAAAGUGAUUUAAGCCCUAAAUGAUAGAGAAUUGAGCAGUGAGACUGCAGGAGCAUGAUCUGUACACCAAAACUGCUUCAUUAAGCUAAAGUUGUUUUGGUGACCCCUUUAACUGUUUUAAGGUUCAUGAGGUCAGCAUUAAGAUACUAUCCUACCUUCUGCACUGAGCACAGAAGUACUUUUAUUUUAUCUCUUCUUUGCCUCACCCUGUCUUUAAGUUUGUACGCUUAUUUGAACUGGGCUACUUCUAAUCUUUUGUAAACUUUUAUUUGUUGACUGUGAUUUUUGCCAUCCUAGUUUUUAUUUUUAUUUUAUUUUAUUUUUUUUAAUUUGUGUUAUUUAAUAAUAUUGUUAAGCCAGUGUGGACCGUUCUUGGUAUUAAUUUCCAAGUCGGACUGAAGAAACAUCCUUGUGUUAUUCAUCAUUUUUAAAUGGAAACAUCUUGGCAUUCAGAAUGAAUGACAUUAAGCAGCAAUAUUAAAACCUGAUAAUCUCAAACAAUCUGUAACAAGAAGAAAAGAAUUUGUGCAAAUGUGACAAUCUCAUUAUUAUUCGGUUGAGAAUUUAGGUACUCCUUAAUGAUGACUUGUCAUGCGAUACUUGGAGUUUUUCUGCAAUAUGUAGCUUCAAACUGUACUGCAGUGUCAUGGGAAGGUGAAUGCUUACAGUUUAAAUUGUAAGUGGAAUUCAGAGGCACAUGCGGUUUUUAAAUUCUAGAUUAUGCAUCAUCAGUAUGUAAAAUCAUUUUUUUUGUGUGUGUGUGUGGUAAUUUCAUACAUUUGUAUAUAAAUGUAUGCAUGUGAGUAUGCUUGUUAUUUUUUAUUUUUUUCCCCUAUUUACCCCCCACCCAAAUAAAAACUAUCCCCUACCUACCCCCCUCACACUAAAAAUAGUGAGGGGGGAAUAAAAUAACGAACAUGUAAAUAAAACUUACCAUUUGAUGUCUUCUUUCUUCUAAAAUAUUCAUUUCCAGCCCCCAAAAAGGCCAACUAAAAAAAGCAUAAUACCCGUCGAACUUAAAAUAAAAUAAAUCCGAGCGCAAAAAAAAAAGCCUGACGAAAAAGAAACCCGACACUAAAAUAAAAUCCAUCUUCAGCCAUGGAGGGCUCCGCACAGACAGAUCUCUGCAGGGCGGAUGAAGGCUUAUAAAGACUUGCCCUGCCGUGCAAUCAGGCUAAGAACACUGGUUGGUUUAAGCCAAUCAGAGUGCUCUUUGUCAUUUUACACAGCGUGGGAAAGUUCUCUGGAAUUCCCACGCGGUGUAAUUUGACUCAUAACACUGAUUGGUGGGCUUGGAAUCUAACCAAUCAGAGUGCUGUGUAAAAUGACAGAGUGCUGUAUAAAUUGAAUGCCUUUGCCUGCCAUUAAACCAGUCUUGUUCCAGCAUUAACCCCUUAAGGACCGAGGACGGUUCAGGACCGUCAUCGGCAUUUUUGCCUUGCCGACCGAUGACGGUCCUGAACCGUCCAAACGGUCUGGGGCUACUUACCUGAUCGCCGUCGUUCCCCCGGCGGCGAUCAGUGUUCCUCCGGUUGUGGGGAGACUGCCUGCAGCCCAGACAGUCUCCCCACGGCAGAUUAGGACCCCUGUGGCCAUGUGAUCGCUUAACACAGCGAUCACAUGGUCACAAUAGGUGUCCAUAGUGCUGCCUGCAGGGGGACUGUCUGUACUGACAGGCAGUCUCCCUGCAACUGUAAAAUCAGAAAAAAAAUUAAAGUUAAUGGUAAUAAAAAAAAUAAUAAUAAUUAUAUAUGUAUAAAUAUGAUAUAUAGACAUAUAUUAUAUCUAUAUAAUAUAUGUCUAUAUAUCAUAUAUAAAUGCCAUACUAAGUGUAUUUUUAUAUUAAUAUGUACUUAUAUUAAUAUAAAAAUACACUUAUAAUUAAAUUACACACGUAUAUAUAUAAUAUAUAUAAUAACUAUAUAUAUUGUAUAUAUAUAUUAUUAUAAAAUAUAACUAAUAAGUAAUUUAAAUUAAAUAAUUUUUUUUAAAAAUAAUAAUAAAAAUUUUUAAAAAAAUUAUAUAGCUAUAUGAAAUUUUAUUCUAACUGUAUUUUAAAAUUAAUAUAUAUAUAUUUAUAUCAAAAUACACUUAGAAUGAAUUUGUAUAUAUAUAUCUAUGUAUAUAAAAUAAAUAAAAAUAAUAAGAAAUAUACAUACGUCCAUAUACAAAAUUACAUAAAUAAUUAUAUAAAUAUACACAUAGACUUCAAAUAUAUAAAUAUGCAUAUAUAUUUAAAUUCUACGUGCGUAUUUAUGUAAUAUUUUUACAUAAUUCAGUAAUUUUAUUGAUUGCAAUUUGAGGGACCUGCCUGCCAACCCAGGCCGAAAUUCCAGAGAAUUUAAUUGGCUAGCACUGUAUUUUACCCUGUAACGUUCUACGACACCCUAAAACCUGUACAUGGGGGGUACUGUUUUACUCGGGAGACUUCGCUGAACACAAAUAUUAGUGAUUCACAACAGUAAAACAUAUCACAGCGAUGAUAUUGUCAGUGAAAGUUACUUUUUUUGCAUUUUUCACACACAAACAGCACUUUUACUGAUGAUAUAAUUGUUGUGAUACGUUUUCCAGUUUUUAAACACUAAUAUUUGUGUUCAGCGAUGUCUCCCGAGUAAAACAGUACCCCCCAUGUACAGGUUUUAUAGCAUUUUUGAAAGUUACAAGGUCAAAUAUAUGGGUCAAAUAUUUUUACAUUGAAAAUGGCCAGGUUGGUUACGUUGCCUUUGAGAGCGUAUGGUAGCCCAGGAAUGAGAAUUACCCCCAUGAUGGCAUACCAUUUGCAAAAGAAGACAACCCAAGGUAUUGCAAAUGGGGUAUGUCCAGUCUUUUUAGUAACCACUUGGUCACAAACACUGGCCAAAAUUAGCGUUCAAUUUAGUUUUUUUACUUUUUUCACACACAAACAAAUAUGAAUGCUUACUUUGGCCAGUGUUUUCGACUAAGUGGCUACUAAAAAAGACUGGACAUACCCCAUAUUGAAUACCCUGGGUUGUCUACUUUAAAAAAAAUAUGUACAUGUGGGGUGUUAUUCAGAGAUUUAUGACAGAUAAUAGUGUUACAAUGUCACUAUUGAUAAAUUUUAAAAAUGUAUGUUUUGAAACCGCAAUAUCCUACUUGUACCUAUAGCCCUAUAACAUGCAAAAAAAGCAAAAAAGCACGUAAACACUAGGUAUUUUUAAACUCAGGACAAAAUUUUGAAUCUAUUUAGCAGUUUUUUUCAUUCGCUUUUGUAGAUGAGUAAAAGAUUUUUCAAGUAAAAGUCAAAAACAUGUAUUUUUUUCAAUUUUUCAUCAGAUUUUUGUAUUUUUUUUAAAUUAAAAUACAUGAGAUUAUAUAAAUAAUGGUAUGUAAAGAAAGCCCAUUUUGUCCUGAAAAAACAAUAUAUAAUUUGUAUGGGAACAGUAAAUGAGAAAGCGGAAAAUUACAGCCAAACACAAACACCACAAAAGUGUAAAAAUAUUCCUGGUCGCAAAUGUACAACAUCGCAAAAACAGUCCAGUCCUUAAGGGGUUAAGCUUUGGCUCAUGUGUGGAUUAUUAUGCGAUACCAGCGAUAUUUUACCUUGUGGAUUAUUGGCGAUAUUACUUUAUGGGAAUGACAGACAGUAACACAUAUACAGACCGUCACACCCUACCUAACUGCUUGAAUGUUUUCUUCGCAGAAUUUAACUUCUGCAGCUAAGAUGAUCCACCUUUUUGCCCAGCACAUGCAUGACCUAAUUUAAGCUAUGUAUAUAUGUUAAUUCACCAUAAACUGCAUCUUGAAUGGGUAUUGUGCAAUACUGCAUUAAAAGGCUAAAAAUCCAUUUCUGCAAAACCUAUUUGAACGCUAUCACUGGAAUUUGUGCAUUAUUUUAAUUAACUGGUAUGGAGUAUUCAAGGUUAGCAUGGUAUAUUACAUAGUACUGUGACUACAAUAGUGUGUGCUUUUUGUUUUGUGUUCUUGCACAAAUGAUACACACUUUAUUUAUAAAAUAAGCCAUAAGGGAGCAAGCUGAAGCUGGAACCUUAGCCACUGAAAUAAACACAAACACACAACUGUAUUUUUCUAAAUACCCUUAGUGACACCUUCUGUCUGUCAAUCAGACCACAGAAAAAUUCCUGCCUUACUAUGAGCUGUGAUUCAAAGUGAAAGUGAUUCUCAUAGAGAGAUAUCAAUGCUUAUAAACAAACGCCACAGCAGCGUGUAUCAACGUAUAGCCACCUAUAAAAGAGCUUGACAGUGGCAUGCAUAAUCGCACAUUUUUUGUUUUAUACAUUCACUAGAUUCAUCCACUAUUACUCUCAGGUUAUUCAACAUUUAGCAGUAGUCGCUUGGCAUAGCAGGGCCUAACAUAUUUUCUACAUAAAGGAGAUGUAGUUGUAUGGGUAGAAUGACCUAUAUGCUAUAUUGUAGGGUCUCUAGGAGUGUCAUCGCAUUAAUAUAUUUUAAUUUUUUAAAAACUUUUAAUAGUUUUGAAUUGUUUGAACAAAGAUAUCUCAAGGCUUGUUUAGUAACGAUAAGUUAGAGCACAUAUAACUGAGUUUCAGAAGGUCAAAAACAUGCUGCUAAUGGUCUGCUUAGCACUACAGUGUGUAGACAAUUUAAGUCAUAUUGUGUGCUGCAUUGAUAAGACAUGUUAAGUUUAGUGUCUAUUAUGAUUACAUUCUAGCACUCUUAAAACAUGCUGAACCAGAGUAAUUAGUCAUAUGAGCCCUGUGGCCCAUGCAUGGUAGUUUAGGGAGAGACAUAAUAGAUGUGGUUAACGAGUAAACUAACUUUGCUGGGUAUAUUGAUCCCUAUUAAAAGGGAAUGUAAACAUAAACAGAAAAACCUGUCACAUUUGUAACCGCUUGGCUAGUUAAGUGUUCCAGCAGGUGUGGGUAGCCGGUAUCACAGGUGCCCUAGGGUGAGUCUCUCUCUCUCUCCCGCCAGGGAACUGUCUACUUUGAUCAAGAGCUACACAUACACUUAUUACGCUAUGUACUGCAGCUCUGACUACAUGCAUUGUUUCAAUGUAUAUCGUGGGUUAAUCUAUACUUUUUUUUUUUUUUUUUUUAAUAGGUACUGAAUGCACAAAAGGCUGGCUACAAGGCUGCCAUAGUAUACAAUGUGGAUUCCGAUGACCUUAUCAGCAUGGGAUCCAAUGAUGGUACGUAACUGACCUUUCUACCAAUUAAGAGUAUAUUGUUGUAUAAUGAAACUCUUAUAAAACAAGAGAAAAGGUUGGUAAAGUAAAGAAUGGGGGGAAACAAGGUGGACAUAUUGCUGAAUGUAUAAUUAAGGUUGCUUAUAACAGGGCUGUGAUCGUUAAAGUGUACAGAUAUAUAAUGUACAUUGGCUGAUCGUGUCAGAAGAUAUGUAAUUAUUCAGAUUUUGCAGAACCAUGUUUUUCCACAUCAUUCUGGUUCUGUUUUGUGUUGCAGUGACCUUACGUUUAAGAUUCUAUUUCUAUUAGGUUCAGGGAGCAUUCGUAAUGGAUGUGACCCCAUAGCCGUUGCAGGCUGUUUUUGGCCUGACUUGGUCUUUUAAAUGGAUUGGAUGAUGGGUUUUUUGUUUUUUUUUUGCAAGUAAAAUCACGGUUAUUCUAUUAAUGCCCAGUUCACUACCAUAGAUGCAAAUCUGAUUAAAUACAUUAGGUUACACUGCAAAGUAUUGCCUUCUAGUACCGCAUGUCUGCAAAGUUAGUCCAGGUGACUUGUAAGCCUCUAAAUGUACUAGAUGUUGAAGUAUAAUCGAUAGACAUUGUAUCUGAUUAAAAUGGAAGAGGUCUCAAAAGCAAGUUCUUCUCUUCUGAGGUUUACACAUCUAGGUUUACUUACUAACCUUUCCAUAAUACAGAAUAAAACCCCAAUACAAAGCUCAAGCUAAAAUAACCAAGCUGUGACUAUAUAGCAGAGUUGAAAAAGUAGCAAAUCGGCUAUUUUGGAUUUAAAUUCACUAUAAUUCAGAGUUUAGUGAAUAAACCGAUUCGCUUUGAAUAUACUUUUUAGAAUUUUUUUGAGAAAGUGCGUCAUUCAAUGAACGCAGAUGCCAGUGAAAUUGUACUGUAAGCACCCAAUUCUCCUAAUGCAGUCCUCUCCCUUAUUGCAAUGUAGAAACACUGCAGGUUCCCCGUCAUUUGUAGGUAUAUUUUCCUUUUAAUUACUGUAAGUUUUUGUGUGUUCCAGUGGACAUUCUGAAGAAGAUUGACAUUCCAUCUGUAUUUAUUGGGGAGUCUUCAGCGCGUGUUAUGAAGGAAGAAUUCACAUGGGAUAAAGGGUAAGGAUCAUCUGAUCAGUGGUUUUAGUUUCAGACUGGGUACCUAAUGUGUCAUAUACAGUACACUGUAUGCAGAUUAUUAUUUUCUUCUUCUGGGAUAUUGGUUUUUAAAAUGCAUUUUACAUUUGGGGGUGGGGGUGGAUGUUUUGAUCUAAAUUGUAGAUUUUCCAGAACACAAAGUGUGUGUGAGAUUCCACUAUGGCCCAUGAUGUACUCAUUCAGCCUGUUGGGUGCUAAUUUGGAAGAAUACAAGGUUAUUUAUUAAAAUGAGCGUUCAAAGUGAAUUUCAAAUUUAUGGGGGGAAAAAUAGCCAAAUUGGAAAAAUUCUCUAAGCCAACUUUGCUUCAAAUUUAGCCAAUUUGUCAUAGAAUCUGAAAUUUAGUUAGAAUUCUCACUUUAGUGAAAAAUCCUGAAAUAAUCAACUUCUGGUCUCCUUUGCAUUAUCCCCUUCUCUGUUUCUUCGUACUUCUUGAUAUAUUCUAGUUUGUGUUUUUCCUUUGUUACGCAUUAUAAUGUCUUACAAACAUUUGGCUUGUUCUUGCUUUAGCUUUAGUUUUAUUUUUUCCUUGUUAAACAAUAUAAAACGACAGAUUUUUUUUUUUUUCUUUUUUUUUUGUGUGGAAUAUAAGAAUAAUUUGGAUUCCAAAACAUUUAUUAUAGACAUUUCAUUAUUCAAAGUCAUUUAAAGUACUGUAAUACCUUUCAUUUAAACUACAACAUUUAAUUAGAAAACAAUUGUUUGCUUCUUCGUGAUAAAUUUUGAAUCUCUGAAGAAAUACUGUUUAACAGAUAUUUUAUUCUCUAAUUUGUAGCACAGAUGACAAUUUAUGAACAUUAUUCAUAAAUCUUUAUUCUUCAUUAUUUAGUGUUAUUUUUGAAAAAUGUUUAAAGGACCACUAUAGUUUCAGGAAAACAAACUUUUUUUUCCCCUGGCACUAUAUAUUCUUUAGGUCCCCCCCCCUCCUGCUGGGCUGAAUGGCUAAAACCCCUUCGGCCACUUACCCUAAUCCACCGCUUGGCUUCCUAGGCGCUGGUGACCCCUGCUCCACCUCCGACGUCUGUUCCUGAGUGGAGCCGCAAAAGCGAGUGGAGCCGCAUCCGCGACCAGAGCCAUGUGCGCAUUCAAACCGCCCAUAGGAAAGCAUUACUCAAUGCUUUCCUAUGGACAUUAUGCAUGCUCAAUGCGAUUUUCUGAUUGUGCAUCGCGGAAGCGCCUCUAGCAGCUGUCAGGAAGACAGCCACUAGAGGCUCGAUUAACCCUGCAAUGUAAACAUAGCAGUUUCUCUGAAACUGCUAUGUUUACAGCUACAGGGUUAAAACCUGGCACCCAGACCACUUCAUUGAGCUGAAGUGGUCAGGGUGACUAUAGUGGUCCUUUAAGUCUGUCACAAACAAAUUGUAAUAUUCAACAACAUAUUUUAUGUCGUGAGCUAUGUGACCUGUAAGCAUCGGUUCAUUAAUGUGAUAAGCUUGAAUUUCUGGGCAAAAUGUGGAACAUUCAAUGUACAAACCUGUGGAAUGUUCCUGCUGAUUUCCCCAAGUACAUUGACUCCAUAUUGCUCCCUUUCAUGGUCACUGUGUAUAAUGCAGACAAUGUUCCAGCAACAGUAUGCAAUUCAAGAAGAUUUCCAUAGGACUGGUAGACAUUUUUAAUGGUCACUAAAUCUAGACUAAUGAAAAAUGUUUCCAUCUCAAUAUUUUUGUGACCAUAACAAUCUUGUGAAACCAUAAGUAAGAUUCUAUUUUGUAGUAAAAAAAAUAUAAAUAUCUGAUAUUUUGCUUAAUAGUUUUGCAUUAUGACUAUAUAUAGAAUGUACAUGUACCUCUAUUUCUCUAUGUAUGCAAAAUAUUACAUUUUUACACUGCUGUCAUUAAAGGGACUCUAUAGUCACAAAAACAACUUUAACUUAAUGAAGUGUAUAGAUCAUGUCCCUGCAGUCUUGCUGCUCAAAUCUCUGCCAUUUAAAUCAACAUAUUAAUGCAGCCCUAGUCACACCCCCUGCAUGUGACUUGUACAGCCUUCCCAAAAUCUUCCUGUAAAGAGUCAUCUAACGUUUACACUUCCUUUAUUGCAAAUUCUGUUUCAUUUUAGAAUUUCUUAUCUCCUGCUCUGUUAAUAACUUGCUAGAAUCUGCAGGAACUUCCUGUGUGUGAUAUAAAUUAAAUUUACAGAGCAGGAGAUAAACACUCGUAAAUUAAGUUACAUCAACAAUUAAACUAUUUUGUUUUCAUGCAGGCUGUGUGUGAGUGGCUAGGGCUGCAUAAACAGAAACAAAAGUAAUUUAACUCAAAAAUGGCAGUGAAACUUCUAUACACAAAAACUGCUCCUUUAAGCUAAACUUGUUUUGGUAACUAAAUGAACAUUCCAGUAAGUACUUUACACUGUUUUUAGGAAUGGUUUGAGAACUUAUCUGGGUUCUGUGGUGUCUGGUGCUGGAAGCUUCACUGAGCUAAUCCCUGCCAUACAGGGUCAGGUCAUUGGCUGAGAGCAUCAGCUAAGAAUUUCAGCUGAGCCUUCUCAAGAGCUUCUGAUUUUGGAAGAGGCAGCAGCAAGUGCCCAGUGGACCCAGAGUAAGAUGGCAGACAAUUCUAGCAUGGUUUGACUACUUACUCUGGAAGAGCACCAAAACCCUAGUGGCACCAUAACACUACAGCAGGCAACAUUGGUGUUGCGGUGCUUGAAGUGUUCCUCUAAAAUAUUUAUAUGAAGUUUUUUGUUUAAAAGAAAAAUCCUUGGUGGUAUUUUAUUUAUUUUACAUCCAAUGUGUUUGUUUUGCUUUCUAUAGUGCCCAUAUUAUUUUAAUCCCUGAAGUCAACUUGCCAUUGGAGUACUAUCUAAUACCGUUCCUGAUUAUAGUUGGGAUCUGUCUGGUUCUUAUUGUUAUCUUCAUGGUAUGUAUUGGAGCUCUGUCCAGAAUAUUAGCAGUGCAUUACGCUAAAAGUAAUCGAUUUCAUUUACUUAUUCCAACUGUAAUGGAAUUUAAAAAAACAAAACACAGAACGAAUAGUUCCCAGGAUUUUCAAUACUAUGUUUACUUAACUGUAUUUUAACAAAUCUGUAUUACAAGGUGUGAAAAGAAAAUGAAAGAAACACUCCCAGCAUUCCAAAUGUGGAAUUUGGUGAUUUUAUUAAACAAUCUGUUAACAAUGUUCUGGUCAGUGGGGUUACCUUUUAUGCAGAUUAAUUGCACUUGUUGUAAAUGGUCUAUAAAAACUUCUAGCUGGUCACUUACUACUGACUCGAAAUGUCACAUCAUUGUUUUCCUUGCUUCUCUUAUGUUUAUUUUGCAAGACUGAUGGAUUCAAUAUCUUUUUUUCCUCCUUUUGAGCUUUACAGCCAGAGCAGAAUUGCCUACAAGUUAACCCAUUUUGAACCAAUUUGCCAUCUUACAGCUCAUUAACUGAAUGGCAUUCUAGAAAAAUGUGCAUCAGUUCUUUAGACUUUAAUUCAGACAGUUUACAAAAAUACUGUUUGUUGACCACUUGACACGCAGACAAUUUUGACAUCACCAUGUGAUGUACAGCAUAAAUAUUUAAACUUUGACUCUUCUAUUUCUGUUGUUGAUCCAAUUCUAUGAUUGUAAUCACACAAUGUUAACAAUUAUAUCUGUCAAUAUUUUGUUUCCAAAAAACUCAAAACACCAACAUUUCUGUAAUUUAUUUUUUUGAGAGUGAGAUUUCACGUUUACGCAGAGUUCAUCCCUGCUAUUAAGUGCUUAAAUAUAUAUUACUGUAAAUUGAGAUGGAUUUGCAAGCAGGGAGGUAAAAAGUAAAAAAAAUCAAACCUUGUGACUUUUUAUUAAUUUCCUGUAUUGACAAUCUUUUUCUCCAAUGCGAGAUUAUAUAGUACAACUGCAUCCCUUUGUGUUUCAUUAUUGAGAGAGAAAUUAUUUUUAUUAUCCCUACUCGUUGUUAAGGUAGCCCUAAAACCUUAUUAAACUGUCAGUCUUUAUUAUUUUCCAUUGUCUCCUGUUUUGAUAACAAUAUUAUGUUGAACUUGGGGGAUUAGCUCAAAUGGUAGAGCGCUGGCUUAGCAUGUGCGAGGUAGCUGGAUCGAUGCCCGCAUUCACCAUCUCUUAUUUAGAAAAUUGGGCAGACUAAGAUGGGCCAAAUGUUUAUCAGCCGUCACAUUCUAUGUUUCUAUGUAUUUAUUUUGCUCACCCAGUCUAAGUAGUGGUGGAUAUUCUGAUAUUCACUAAACUCUCAUUACUUAUAAAGGAACUAGAGAGCACAGAGUAUAUAGCUUUACAUAUUUUAUUUGCUUUCGGUUGUGACUCUUCAUGUGCUGAUUGAUGGGAAGGGAUUACCAAUAACUGAAUAUCUUUUUAAAUGGAAUUUAUCACUAUAUUUUAUAUGCACAUCUUUUAGUUUGUUUCAUAUUCUCAUCCAGAUCACUAAAUUUGUGCAAGACAGACACAGAGCAAGGAGGAACAGACUUCGUAAAGAUCAACUAAAGAAACUCGCCAUACAUAAAUUUAAGAAAGGUAAUCUAUAUCACACUAAAUAAUUGAAAUUAUGAGUUUGUGUUGUGUUUAUUUUUAGUAGUGUAUUUUUCUUGUUUCUUAAGGCUUGUGUCCAGUGCGUUUCAUGUUUCCAUUUUACUAUUGGAAAAUGUUUCUUGAGAUUCUUUCUGAGCCAGUCUGAGGUGAUUGAAAAAAGGAGGCCAGUACCCCCCAAAAAAACACAUCCAGUGUCAGUGGCGUACAUACCAGGGUCGCAGGGCUCGCGGCUGCGACCGGGCCCAGCCCACCAGGGGGCCCGGCCGCCCCUGCGACCCGGUAUGUACCUACUGGGCCAGCCUGUUCUCCUGGGCAGGGCCCAGGAGCCAGCCACCCCAGGUCCCACCGAGGCUGGCCCUGCUGACACCCGGCGAGCGGGCUGUCUGGGUGGCCGGCGCGCGAGGGAGCACUCUCCCCUGAUCAGUUUUUUGCACCGGGGCCCCAUGGGUCAUGUGUACGCCACUGUCCAGUGUAUUUCUGUAGUAAGUCGUGGAGUUGUUUGCAAACUGGAGAUCUGUAGACUAAAGUAUUUAAAAAAAAAAAAAAAAAAAAAACUUAAAAACUUUCGCAAAGUUAUUUAUCAAGUUACAGACCUCUGCACAAGCAUGUCAAUAAUCAGACUGCAGUGGAUUAUCUUUCCUACUGUCUUUCCAACCUAGUGCAUAUGCUGGCACCUACCAAUGUUAAGUGUCCAAAGACGAGAUGUACAACCUGGAGCAAGAAAAAGUGAGGAAGGGCUCGGGUGGCCUCAGAUGGGAAAAUGUCAGCCUUAAUGGGACAGAAAUCACUGCAUAUUGGGCACUGGUGGGCACAAUGCUUUCUUAUGGGAAGUUUGAAUGUGUUACACUUUUCUCAUUUGUGUAUUAGGUAGCCAAUGCUAGUCUGAGGAGGAUUGGACUGUCAUUUUAUUGCGCAGUGGCUUAUAAUUCAGAAUGUAUCUCCUUCUGUGUUAAUUACCCACUAGAGCCUCCUGUGUGCGAAUAAAGUUCAGUUAACAGAGCAGGAGAUAAUAGCUUCUAAAUUCAACACACUAUGCUGUACAAUCUGAUUGAAAAUGAAACCGUUUUUUGUUGGGGGAGGGGGGUUUCAUGCUGGCUGUGUGAGUCACAGCCAGGGGAGGUGUGACUAGGGCUGCAUAAACAGACACAAAAGUGUCUCCUAAAUGGCAGAGAAUUGAGCAGUAAGAAUGCGGGAGCAUUGUCUACUAAAACAAAAACUAUUGGCUUAAUGAAACAGUUCUGGUGUAUAGUAUCCCUUUUAAUCAAAUAAUGUUUAUUGGUGCAAGUACUGGGGCAUUCAGAGAAUUGCCAUUUGUCCUUCUAAGGUAAAACAAUGGCUUCUCUUUCAAAUGAUUAAGGAGGAAAGUAUUUAGCAAAGGCAGCUUUUUGCUUUAUUUUUAGCCAGUGUUUAACAAAAAAUAAAUCCGGACAGCAGUGAAUUGUCAGCAUGCACACUAUUCCGUAUCACUUUAUUUUGAUAAUUUAAGCCAUAGUUUGUUCAGUUGCAUUUUAACAAAUUUGUAUUCAGAUACAUUUUAACAAAUUUGUGUUAAGUUAAUCACACCUCUGUUUCUCCUCCCGCCUCCCACCCCCCCAAAAAAAAUGCACGUUUUAUCUAUCUUGUAGCAUAACUUAAUUUCUUUAUCAUAUUUAGAAUUGUUUCAUUACAGGGGAUGAAUAUGACGUGUGUGCAGUAUGUCUGGAUGAAUACGAGGAAGGAGAUAAACUCAGAGUCCUGCCCUGCUCACAUGGUAAGUAGACUAUACCCCAGGCAUCAACCGAUUCCAGCGCUCAAAUUGUUGUAGACAAAGACUCUCAACACAGUCACAGAAUAUUAUAGGAAGUGUUCACUAACCAACAAAUGUGUUUAUGCCAAAUAUGGCCAUUUUUGUUCCGCUUGGUUCUUUAGUAACAGAUUUUGGUCGAAUGACUCCCAUUUUAAAAUGGCUCAGACCGAAUUGCAAUCAAACCACCUUGCUACAAUAAAGAUGGGGGGGAAAGCUAAAGUAAAAGAAGUAGGGUUUGGAUGAAUUAAGGGUUGGGGAUAGGGUGAAUGUGAGCCUUGAUCAUUCAGCAUUGAUUACUUAUUUUUAACAAAUAACUGUCUAUCAAAUGAUUUAUUAGCUGCAAGUUGCUCCUAUAAGGUGGGAGAUUUGUUUUGCUUCAACAUUCUGCUAAUCUCUACUGCCAAAUACAAAUGAACUCCUGUCUUGCAGUUUCUGUUUACGUUAUAACAUCACAUUAUGAACUCCAUGUAUAAUUUUAUCAUAGUUAAAUAUUUUAUUUUUAUGGAGACGUUAAGUGAACAUUUGCAACUGCACCGGUGUUCCCAGUGUCUCCAUAAUUCAUGGGUAUUACACAAACGUAAUACUGUCCCAGUUAGUACCACAAUCCUCCUUUCCAAAACACAAUUAUUCCUACCUUGGAUCAUUUCUCCCACAAAGAAGCACUCCGUAACAUUCCAAGUGCAUGUGCAUCAUAUCUGAGCAAUGUCUGUCUCUCUAUAUUCCUCUAGUAAGCGUGAGACAUGCUUGCCAAUGGUUAUUUGCUGGAAUUUUUAGAUACUGAAAGAAUAAAAUGGUAACUGAAAACCAAGUAAAUAGGAAUGACAUCUUUUUGUUUUAAAACACCAAUCUCUUAAUCUCUAAUAAUGUUUCUAACAGCCUAUCACUGCAAGUGUGUUGACCCUUGGCUGACCAAGACUAAGAAGACAUGUCCUGUUUGCAAGCAAAAGGUUGUCCCAUCACAAGGAGACUCUGAGUCUGAUUCAGACAGCAGCCAGGAGGAAAACGACAUCUCUGAAAACACACCCUUACUGCGUCCUAUUGCCUCUGCUAGCACUCAUUCGUUUGGGGCCAUAUCUGAAUCUCACACGCAACCAAACGUGGUAGAGUCAUCUGAUGAAGAUGACGACGAUUUUGGGGAGGGUGGUGGUCGUGAUGGUGGUGACGAUGAUGAUGACAGUGAUAGCAGCGAUGAGGAGCAAUACACAGAAAGUGUGGUGGUUCAGCUGCAGCAUAACAUGGAAAGGGAGACGAGGGAUAUGAAUACGGUUUGAGUUUUCUGGUGACCUGGGUAGGAUAGCUACCUAUUAUGCAUCAGCAAAAAAAGACUAUUUUCUUAUUCUAGUAGUGAACCAUUAUGAAGUUGGGCACAUUAAUUUAGGUUUAAAUCUUUCAAUUAUAAAAAUUGCUUCAGUUUCUAGCACUGGAUGACUGGCUACAUACUAUACUGAAUAUAUGUAUUGUACUGAAUAUUUAAGUAUGUGGAAUUGCAAAGAUACAAUUGGAUCGGUGCUUGCGAGUUUCCUUUAAACACAGGUCACAGAAGGGUACGUGACCCUGCAAUAUUUGCAUGGUUUACCCUAUCAUGCCCUAACGAAGCAUGGGCUUCAUGAGAACCUUUGUGUGUAGGUGUUUGGGGAAAAAUAAAAUGAGGAGAAACUCAACACACAAUUUUUUAAUAAUUUUAAUGCUAUGCACACUGUGCUUGCAUUACUAAGGCUUUAAUAAAUAUGUAUAUAUAUUCAGAAUGUUUCAAAUGCUUUACGAACAGUCCAUGUCUCCAAGCGGAUUACAGAUGGCUUGAAAAUAGACGUACUGGCCAUAUUACUCAGAUAAGCCAUACCAGUGCAUGAUAUGCAUAUUAAACAUCACCCCGUAGGUAAUGAACACGUAGGUACAUUUUCAAUUAUUUACAAAGCAGUCUGGUGAUCCAUAGUGCAAGAGCAAGUAAUAGAUAAAUCCAAGUCACUGGUUACAAUAGUAAGUGCUGUAGGGGUGGGUUGCACAAAAAAAACAAACACAAUUUUUAAGCAUUUUGUUCAAAUCCUUAUAAAACCUCUCUGGUAGAGUACAUUAAGUUGUUUAUUUUGGUUGUUUUUUUUCUUUCUCAUUUUUCCUGAACUUUGUACAGAUUACCUGGAUAUAUGCACUAUGGGGGAGGGGGAGGAUAAAAUUAAUAAAAGUGUAUUUAUCCACUGUAUUAUGGUAAGACGCACUUAUCGUACCAAUGUAGAAAGUCACUACUUAUGUAAAGUUUAAGUAAUUUUUAUAUCGCAUUGAGUGAAUACUAAAUAAAAUUAUCUGACCUGA